AUGAAAUCGUGUGGGUUUAGGUUUGUCAGAAUAUUUUACCAAUAGCCUGUACUCUAAAUAUGAUCGGUUUCAAAAAUACCAUUUGCAAAGGUAACGUGCAUGGACUAGGCUGCCUUCCAGCAAACUAAUGUGAGAAUGAUUAGAAAGUUCAUAAAACUGUCCUGAAAACAGAAGUGUGGAUUUUCCACAAUGGGAAGACUUAUUUUUUGGCAUCUGCAGGGGCCCUGCUCCACACUUUCACAGAACUGUAAGCCUGGAUGCAGAAAAACGGGUAAAGAGUCAUGUCGUUCUAAAAUGACUUGCCUAUGAUGGAGAGGCAUCAAGGCUCACCUGGGACCAUAACCACUACACCCCAUAUCACCUGCUGAUAUAAUUUACAAUGCUCGUGUUACCCUCACACAACUUACUACUUGACUCUAAUAUUUUGAAAAGUAUGCAGUUUCUCUAAAACUAAACAAUUAAACAUCUUGUUAAUUGCAAAAACUAAAGGCAAAAUGUUAAGUUUAUUUUAUAUCAUGAUCUGAGCUACCUCCAUCUGUUUAAAUUUUCAGCAAUUUUAUCAAUGUACAAAGGAAGAGAAAGACUGGAUUUGAAUGGUGUAGGAUGUUUUUUUUUUAAAAUUUUUAUUAUUGGCCUUAACAAUUUAGUAAUUUUUUUUUUUUUUGGCAAGGCUUUUAACCCCUUAAGGACACAUGACAUGUCAUGAUUCCAUAUUAUUUCAGAAGCUUGGUCCUUAAGGGGUUAAAGUGCACCUGUCAAAACAGACUCGUAAAACAAUAAAUGUAUAAUUUAACAAUGGAAGUAUUUUGUUAAUUCAGAAGCAGUUGUUAAUUUCUCCAGUGUGCCAGUGCCUCUAUAACUGAGGGAUUCUGGCAACCUGCACCACCUCCUAUGCCGUUUUUAGGAAUACCUCCCCAAGCAGGGCCGCCCUCAUCCGUGAUGACUUCAUUACAUUGUCAGCGCUCUAUAUGCUGGCAAGUGGUGGAAGGCUUCCUUGCUAGAGAACUAAUCACACCAUCUGCGGGUUAUUCACAGUGAUGCUGUGAUGAAGGUCUCCUGCUUUUCUAUGUAAUUUAACUAUGUACAUAGACUUCUGUCCUGAGAUGGCAUUUUUUCUGUGUAUUAAUGAAUGUAUGAUGUAUAAAAGCGCUAAGGUGAUUGUCAUUUGUCUAUAUAUGGAUAUACUUGUUAUGAACUUCUAUAAAACUAAAACAGGACUGUCCACCAAAUCCUGAUACAUCUGGGACAAAAAUUUUUUUUUUUUUUAAAUACAUGAAGUGGUAAUCGCUUAAAAUGUGUAAGACCGGAGUCCUGGUCUAAUAGUAACAUGGUGGAAUCUCACACCAUCAGCCUCCCCCCCCCCCUCCCCGCAACAAAAUAUAGCAUAUAUAUUUGUUUGCAUUUAAACAUUGGACUUGGUUAUCUAGUUUAAUUCUUUCCUUAUUGUGUGUUCAUGCUGCACGUAUACUGGGACAAAACGGAUUUGAGCACCAUGUAAUAAUGCAAAGUGCUUAGAGUGGCUAUUUUUAUUUUUUUGGCAGCAACCCAACAAAUCGACAAACUGGUCCAAACUAAUUUCUGCAUAAGUCUACAUGGUAUUAGACUGGCAACCCAUUUUUCAACCCAAUUUUUAUUUAUUACUGGCAUUGAUAAAGUGCCAACGUAUUCUGGAGCGCUGUACAAUUGGGAAAGACAACACAAUAAGAACAGACCGUUACAACAGGUAGAGGACCCUGCCCGUGUGCUUACAAUCUAAAUGUUAAACUGGGGAGUUGAGACGAGGGAACAGAAGGAUUUGUAUGUGAUGGCAGAGAGGGUUAAUAGAGUAGCUGCUGCAGCAGCUGAUAACAUGUGAGAGUAACAAGUAAUAUAGUUAGAAGGAACCAGGGUGGAUGGGUAGAGCCUCUGAGUAAAAUGAAAAGGCCUUGAUGCAGGUAUGGAUCCCAGAGUAACCUCUACCUCACAUACCCGUUUCUUGCUCUCUCCUAAAGGGCAGCACUCUAUUCUCUCCUCCAGCUCUGCUUCAGUCCACCUUGUUUGGUUGCUACCUCCUGUUGUGUUGUGUUUUACACCCACCUCCUAUAGACUGUAAGUUUGUUUGAGCAGGGUCCUCUUCAACCUAUCGUUCCUGUAAGUUUUUGUAAUUGUCUCAUUUAUUGUUAAAUCCCCCCCUUUGAUAAUAUUGUAAAGCGCUACUGAAUAUGCUGGCGCUAUAUAAAUACCAGUAAUAAUACUGGUACCAGUAAUAAUUAACAAAAUAAAGAAAUCUGGUUGAAUAUCUUCUCCAUCUCAGUCCGUACUUUACAGCUGCAGUAUUCAAAAUGAAAAGGCCUUAACAAUCUUAACACCAACAUAAAAUAAACACCUUGACCCUUGUUGCAGUAAUUUAGGCACACAUAUUUCAAUGUGGUUGGUGUACAAUCUGAUAACACCAGCAUGGUCCCAGGUUUUUCGUGAUCUUCUCCAAGAGUGCAAGCUUAUCUGAGGAGAUAUCUCCUGUAUCUGUCAAUCACUUGUUAUUUUAUCACCAUUGUAUUCCAGACACGUGGAUCAUAUUUUAUAUUACUUUCUUUUCUUAAUUCUAUAUAGCUACAGAGAAAAAGACAGGUCAAUCAAACAUAUUGGAUAAACAGAGAAACAUUCGAACAUCUAAACAGGAGCAUUAACCAGUCGUUAUACCCCAGUACAGAUAUAUCCACUCUUUUAUAGCAAUGUGUUUGAGCAUUGCGAAAACAUGGAAGUAAUUCCAUCUCUCGCUUUCUAAUUUUUAAACCAAUAUAUGACACAUUUUGUCAAUGGAAAAGAAACUCACCAGACACGGCCAUCACACCUAUAUGAGCUUGUUGGACAUCCCAUUCCAUAACCACGGAUGUCAAUAUGGAGUUGCCCCUACCCCUUUGCUGCUAUAUCAGACGGCACCCUCCUGGCAAGGCUUUCCACAAGAUUUUGUAAUGUGCCUGUGGUAAAUUAUGCACAUUAAACCAAAAUAAUGUUCAUAAGGUCAGGUGUAUUACAAAAGACUGAAUCGCAAUCUGUUCACUGGGUUGAGGUCAGGGCUCUGUUCAGGCCACUUGAGUUCCUCACCACCGAACUCUUCAGACCAUGUCUUCAUGGACCUCACUUUGUACACAGGGCGCAGUCAUUGGUGCAAUAGAAAAGAACAUCCCCAAAAUGUUGCCACAAAGUUCAGGCCACUUGAGUUCCUCACUACAAAACUAUUCAAACCAAAUCGUCAUGGACCUUACUUUGUACACAUGGUACAGUCAUGCUGCAAUAGGUAAAGGACUUCCCCCCCAAAAAAUUGCCACAUAGUUAAAAUCACCUAAUAGGCAUCCAACCCCUAUUUUAGAGUAGGCACUGUGCAUUUCAGUAGUGCUUUCCUGGCUUCCACCAAACACAGAUUCUUCCACCAGACUGCCAGAUAAAGAAGUGUGAUACAUCACUCCAGAGUCCAGUGAAGGUGUGUUUUACACGUCUCCACCAAAAGAUUGAUGUUUGCAUGUUGAUGUGAUGCUUGUAUAUAGCUGCUCGGCCAACGCAACCCAUUUUAUGAAGCUACCGUCACACAAAUCCUGUGCUGAUGUUUUUUCCAGAGUUAGUUUGGAAAACUAGUGAGUGUUGCAGACAGAUGGUUUUCUUUUUUUGUGUAUCUGUCCAAUUACAGACAUCCCAAUGCAGCUCAAUGGGAAGUAUUUCAAGGCAAGUGCUCUGGGCAAUUGCUGCCUAUGGAGUUUAGCUUUACUCAGCUAACCAAACCAGGAGGUAGCAGGAUCGAUUGUCUGAUUGACAGCCAGGACUAAUUUAUAAAACUGACAAUUUCAGUACAAAAUCAGCACUUUUUGUAAAAUUAUAGAUUAUUGAAGCAUUGGCGUAAUAAAUAAUAUAAAUUUUCUCAAUCACAGACUUCCCAAUGUAAUUCAAGGAGAAGUCUUUGCAAGGCGGUGCUCUAAACACUUGAUGCCUCUUGAAUUAAAGGAAAAAUUGUCAUGCCCGCAGUAACUUUAGUUCUUCUAAUAGGACUUCAAAUCCCAUUUAUACAUUGUGCUAGCAGUUUUUCUAGGAAAUCUAUAGUUUGGGAGAGAAGUAUAUUUAAAUAUAAUGUUUUUUUCUCCCAUCAAUUUUUUCACUUCAUCGUCAGGCACUCAAUGCCAAGAAUUGAGAUACAGAGAGAAUAGAAAAGACCUCCCACAGGACGUCCCUUUGGUCUCCACUCAUAACCACCACAGCAAAUGCGCUGUGGUUACUAUGGUAACUCUCUGGCUAUGGAGUAUAAGAACAGAGUAACGUGACAUCACUCUGUUAGAGAUUUCUUUUCCUUUUUGUAUUAUUGCACCGCCCCUUGCCAUUAUUUGUAAUUAUUAUCUUUUCUUUCUUGCAAUGGAUCUCAAUACCUGGGCGCUGCCAUUUUGUUAUCCUCUGAUGUCUACAGUUUGCCCUUAGAUUAGAUUGUUGGGAAAUUACUUUGGCAACUGAAAAGUAACCUUGCUUAAGCCCCGUCCAUUGUCAGAGAUUGCCAUCGAUAACGAUGAUUUGGUAAUCACACAGUAACUCGUGUAGGUGUGAUUUAUAGGCUCCCAGGACAAAUAGAAGCAUUAGAUAAUCUGCCAGUUGAGGAGAUCACUAAAAUGACAAUGAAGGAGGAAGUUAUCAUCAUGGGUGAAUUUAAUCUUCAUGAUGUGAACUGGAAAACCAAAAUAGAUGCUUGAGCCACACAUAUUCUAAUCUCCCUACUGGGAUUGCCUCUAAAACAAGUCGUUGAGGAGCCAACUCGUAAAGAGGCCAUACUAGAUUUAGUGUUUACAAAUGGAGAUUUGGUAUCAGAUAUUAUUGUAGGUGAAAGUUUAGGAUCCAGUGAUCAUCAGUCAGUGUGGUUUAAUAUAAGAACAGUGACUGAGUCACACCACACAAAAACAAAAGUUUUAGACUUUAGAAAAACAGACUUUUCUAAAAUUAGAAUAUCCGUAAAGGAGUCAUUAUCAGACUGGAGAAGUUUAAAUGGAGUCCAGGAGAAAUGGGAUUAUUAAAAAAUUGCACUACUUAAAGGAUCACUAUAGGGUCAGGAACACAAACAUUUAUUCCUCACCCUAUAGUGUUAAAACCACCAUAUAGCUCCCCUGGGGCCCCUCAUGCCCAUAGCAAUAUAGCAAAAUCCUACUGUAUUCAAACAUGAAGCUGUAUAUCUGCAUGCUGUUUGUCUCAGAAAAACAAGCUGUCUGCUGACAUCAUCAGAAGUGGUGGCCUGAUCCAAUCACAAUACUUCCUCAUAGGAUUGGCUGAGACUGGCAAAGGGGCAGAGCCAGCAUGAUUCAAACACAGCUUUGGCCAAUCAGCAUCUCCUCAUAGAGAUGAAUUGAAUCAAUUAAUCUCUAUGAGGAAAGUUCAGUGUAUAUAUGCAGAGGGAGGAGAUACUGAAUGUUUGGAUGCAUUUUAGGCAGCCAUGACCCAGGAAGGAUCUGUAACAGCGGUCUGAGGAGUGGCAAGUGAAGUUAUCACUAGGCUGUAAUGUAAACACGGCAUUUUCUCUGAAAAGACAGUGUUUACAGCAAAAAUGCCUGAAGGUAAUGAUGCUACUCACCAGAACAAAUACAAUAAGCUGUAGUUGUUCUGGUGACUAUAGUGUCUCUUUAAAGCAACAGAAAAUUCCAUUAGGCUUUGUAACGGAACUCCCCAUACUCCGACCGAGUACCUUCUGUUGAUGGACGCUUCCUAGCUUGCGCCGAGGACCACAAGCACCGCACUAGACACCAAAACCACCGCAGACUCCACAACCGCCGUAGUUUAACUGGAGUCUCGCUGUAUUCUGUCCACCCUGGAUCAGCUUCUGUCCUCCAGGACCGUGUGGGGAAGACCUCUCCUCCAGGAGAGCGUAUCAGGAACAAGCUCUUAAAAGAGCUAAGUGAUUAAAGCUAAGGGAAGUAUGCAGAGCAUAGCAAUUCCCAGUGUGAAUAUAGCUGUCCCCUCCAAUCACGAGACAAGACUACGUGUUGAGGGUCAAGAAGAACUCUCUGUACUGGCACAUACAGCCUCUUUUAUUCACAUUCUACAAACAUAGUACUGCCCACAGGGUUUUGAAGAACAACCAAUCAACACAUUACAACACAGCUAACACUCCCAUUCAUUACAUCAGAAAUCCUCCCCUCUGCCUGUGAUACAAUUAUCUCAACACAAUAGACUAACUUAAUUAUCACAGGCAGGAAGAUACAGUAUUAGAAAACAUAUCACAGGGACCCCAAAACAUGCAAUAACCCCAUUAAAAUAUAUAUCCUCAUAACCGGGGGAUCUGAGUGAACCACAUAUCCAAAAUUCACCCAGAUCCGUUCAGUAGUUUGGAAGAUACAGUUUAAUGCAGAUUCCGCAGAACAUAUACAGGCUAUAUGAAAAAUAAUUACUGUUAAAUGUGUCCCCUGUUCUGUAGUUUAAAACUACUGAACAAUGUCUUUGUGCACCAAAUACCGGCGAGAUGGCACCAUGUAGAAAAGUCCAAACAGUGUCUGUGAGUUAAAAUGGCCACCAUCCAUUGUUCUCACCAUGUGCUUCAUCCAUUGUUCUCACCAUGUGCUUCAUCCAUUGUUCUCACCAUGUGCUUCAUCCAUUGUUCUCACCAUGUACCUCUGAUACAUGAAAUGGUGGCCACCCAGUAACUCCACAGUUUGUCUGGUAGUCUAUCCAGCCGAACCAACAGAUGAAACACAUGGGGAACAGUGCAAUAAACGAAGGGAAUCAUAAAGAAUAUGGACAAUAGUCAUAUUUGUGCACAAUCUCCAGUUUUGUCACAGGGCACAAAUAGUGUUUUCAAAUGCCAUAUAUGCCAGGGCCAUAGUCAGAAGGUAGGAGGCAGGCAAGCAGCCCCCUCCAAGAACACGUGGCGAGGUCUGUUACGCCACAGGCUUGUAGUAAAAACAGACAAAUUAAGAAACCACUGUGGUACUCUGCAGAAGUGGCCAAAAUAGUAAAACAACAAAAAAUUAGCAUUUAGUAAUUAUACAAAAAAAAAAACAAAGUGAGGAAGAUUAGGCAGAAAGAGGCUAAGCAAGUUAUAACAGCCUCCAAAGCACACACAGAAAAGGAAAUAGCACAGUCAGUAAAAAAGGGGAUCAAACAUUUUUUAGAUACAUAAAUGAGAAAAGGAAAGUAAAACAAUGAUUAUGAUUAAGAAAUGGAAAAAGAGGGACAAAAUAGGAUUUAUAUAUAAAAAAAAGGAAGUGACAGUGAUACUUUAAUAAGUAUCUUACAUUUCAAAAGUCAUUUUUUUUUUAUGUCAUUGAAUUUGGGGGGGGGGGGGAUAAAUAAAUAAAUGGUGUGGCUAACCUUUGAGAAUAUUUGCUUGUUAGCAAUAGUAUCUGCUUGUUAAUGAGAUAUCUUAUUUCAGUGUGUCACAUUGCAUUUUAGCAGACUCAGAACAUAUGGUAUAGAUGUAAAACUUCACACUCUGCUGAGAUUUAACAUUGUAAAUCAGGGUACUGACGGCUGUUGUGUGUUUUCAUGAAUGAACAGGCAAGGAAAUCUGAAUUGGAUAUGGGCUAACCAAUUUUAUAUUUAAUGUGAAACUGGCAUCCACAAAACAAGGUCAUGAAAUCUAGCACUUAGAGCCCUAUACCUAUUUUCCUUUUUUGCUGCUGUCCUGAUCUUCACCCUGCAGACAAAUCCUCAGGUUUCAAUUAAACAUUACACAAACGUUUCCCUUAAAGCGGCACAAUAGGCACCCAAAUCACUGCAUCAUACUGAAGUGGACUGGGUGCCAUACCCCUGUUGUUUUAACCCGGCAACUGAAAACAUUGCUGUUCUGCUGUAGAGGUGCUUUUUCCAAAAUAAGCGAGUUAAAAUUGGCUAUUUCAAUCAGGUGGCUCAUAGAGACCAUUUGACCGGCGCAGCGUGUUUUUUUUUUGUCAAUGCAUGUUCACAAGCUUCCCAAUGCUUACAUAUCGGAAAGAAUAGGAUUGGCCAAGAUCAUCAAGAUUCAUGAUCUCUGAGAGAGCACUGUGGCAAGGGAGCAAAGGUAAGUAAUGACUAAUUAACACUUCUGCGUUAUCAGUGUCAAUUUUGUCCAACUUGCAGGACAGUGAUUUCCCGACAGUGCCGGGUCGGGUUAGCUUCUGAGUGUUUGACAUAAAACAAGAAAUUAUUAGCAGCAUAACCAUUACACGAGUGCUUAGAAUGUCCCUUUAACAGAAAAUCUCUACAUCUAAUGUCUUGGUUUUCAGAUACCACAGUACACGUUCAGAGGUUUUGUGGAGUUCAUGCCUUUAUGCAUCAGUGCUGUUUUGGCAGCACGAUGGGGACCUACAUAAUAUUAGGUAAGGGUUUAAAUGUUGUAGAUGAUCAGGGUAUAUGGCUGAAGGAUCCUGGCAAGGAUUAGCUUUUCCUCAUUUUAUUACAUAUACUUAAAGGACCACUAUAGUGCCAGGAAAACAUACUCGUUUUCCUGGCACUAUAGUGCCCUGAGGGUGCCCCAACCCUCAGGGUCCCCCUCCCGCCCGGCUCUGGAAAGGAGAAAGGGGUUAAAACUUACCUUUUUCCAGCGCUGGGCGGAGAGCUCUCCUCCUCCGAUCCUCCUCUUCUCCUCCCCGUCGGCUGAAUGCGCACGCGCGGCAAGAGCUGCAGCACAUUCAGCCAGUCGCAUAGGAAAGCAUUCAUAAUGCUUUCCUAUGGACGCUUGCGUGCUCUCACUGUGAAAAUCACAGUGAGAAGCAUGCAAGCGCCUCUAGCGGCUGUCAAUGAGACAGCCACUAGUGGAAAUAGGGGAAGGAUUAACCCAUUCACAAACAUAGCAGUUUCUCUGAAACUGCUAUGUUUAUGAAAAAAUGGAUUAACCCUAGCUGGACCAGGCACCCAGAUCACUUCAUUAAGCUCAAGUGGUCUGGGUGCCUAGAGUGGUCCUUUAAUUUUCAAAAAAAAUAUUUCCUUUCAAAACUUGAUGAAAUGAUUACUGUAUUAGUUUUGAAGUGACAAGUGACCUUUAAGCAAAGUUCCAUUUCAGUAACUAAAUUCAUUUUUCCACAAUCCAUCUAUUGGUGGCAAUGGGUGGGAUUUUAAUCUUUAUGAUCCCAGGCAUAUAACACACACACACACAAAAAACCCCAUGCCAGUGCCUCUUUAAGGACAAUAACGUAAACUUAUAUAAUGUGCAUGCAUUUUUCGCCUGACAGGUUCCCUUUAAAUCUUAUAAAUCGUAAAUGGAGGAAUGGGGCAAUAAAUCUGACAGAAGCAGAAGUGAAGUGGUAAAACAGCAUCCUUUUAAUAACGUAGAUAAUUAAAUAUUGCCACAGUGGCCAAUUAACCCUUUGCACUCAAAUUAUUUACUACUUUUUUUUUUUUUCUCAAAGAGCCUUUACGAAGUGGAAAAAUAUAUAUUGCCCAGGUGUCCUCCGGCCUUGUGGCAUUUGCUCUGUAGGUCUAUAUGUGCUGAUUCAGUUUAGGAUUUAUAAUUACUCUGACUUGCUCAUAUUGAUUUUCCUGCAUCUCCCCCAUCGCCACGAUCACUUUAACACUACUGUUUCUAAUUAGCUCAGCACUACACCAAGGAAGAAUUUCAGCAACUGAGCAAUAAACCUGAAUCAUGGUUUGUAAACACAUUUGUAACAAUAUUACCUCUACAAAUAUAAGACACAGACUAUAUAGACAUGGGGUAGGCAACCUUUUAGUAACACUAUGCCAAAACUAGACUUUGAAGUCCCUUAGAUUUGUAUGUGUGUGUAAUGUGGCCUGUGUGUCAUUGUAUACAUGUAUGAGCAGUAUGUGGUAUUUUGAAUGUUUUGUAUGUGGGCUGUGUAUGGAGCUACGUGUGUGUGUGCUGUGUGCAUUGCUUGUGCCUGUGUCAUAUGACUUGUAUUGUGUGCGAUGUUCUGUGUGUGUGCAGGGAGCUGCUUGUAGGGUUUUGUGUGGUUGUAGUAGUAGUAUGUAGCCUGCCAGUUCUGUUGUAUGUGUGUAGCUGGGGGCUGCUGUAAUGCGGUGUGUUUGUGUGUGGACUGUUUGAAGUGUUUGUGUGUUGGUGAGGCUUUAUAAGAUGCUGGGUGUAUAUAUAUGCUCCCAGUCACAGACACUUAGACACACACAGGUAUGCAUUCCGAACACAUACAGACACCAAUACGUGCUGCCAGACACACACCGACCCUAAUGCACACUGCCAGGCAUACACACAGUUACACACUGCCACACACACUUCUAGACACUCACACACAAUGCUACAUACACACACUACUACUACACACACCAACACACUGCUAAACACAUAUACUGCUAUAUACAUACACUACUGCACGCACAUUCUCAAUAACAUUAUUCUAGCCACUUUCCAUUUUGUUUACCAUUUUACCAGCAGGAAAGUGUUUUUUCAGGGAUCUGUGCUGGUCGUUCACAGGGCUGCUUGUGGUGUGGGCUAAGCUUGUCCUGCGUAGGUCCAAUUUACAAGUGCUGGGAGGAAGUAGUGUAACAUCCCUUCCUCCCCGCGCUGCCUCUCACUGUGUACCGCAAUCAGCAAUCAUCUCUACUGUUGUCCGCUUGGACGGCACUAGCAGAAAUUAAAAAUAUAAUUUGGCAAGCCGGGGAUGAGGAGAGAACAAAAAUGCCCUCUCCUAUGUCUCCAGCCAGGCAGUUUGGAUCUGGCUGCGUGCAAGGCUGAAUUCACAUUAAGUAAAGGAGGCACCUGUCCUGCAGGGGGUGCCUAUUUUCAGCACUUAUAAUGUGCCUUUUUGAGGCUUAAGUAGCCUGAUGCGGGAGAGAUAAGUACCAGCAGCCUUGGCCUGUGUCCUCUGUGGUCCAGUCAACCUCCUAUGUUUGGUAGCAGAACUGCCGUAACAGUUAUAGAGGGUGUAAAACUCAGUGCCGUCCCAGAUCCUCCAGUGUCUGUGUGUGAGGCUGGACAAGAAGUGGAAGGGAUCACUUCCCAUCUCUCCUCUCACAUAUGAAAUGCCUAGCAGGAGGAGCUAACCAUGUUCCCCAAUACUAACUUUAACCUAACUCUAGCCCUAAAAUCACAGUUAUUAUAGCCCCUCUCAAGCGUUUAAUCCUCUCAAUACGCAACACCCUAUGUCAUCUGACUGUGACAAUAAGCCCUAUAUAAUUUUAACCCCCCCAACCACUUCUAACAUUAUUAUUAUUAUUAACUGUGCAUUCACCCAGCUGUGUGCACUCACUAUAUUUACACUUUCAAUAUAUAUAUUUUCAUAUGUAACUAUAUUAGGGACUCCAGUGCGUCAUUCCUGGGCCCUGUUUAACAUUGCACUACAGAGAGCCCCACGAAGAACGAUUCGCUCAGUAAGUGGAUUAAUCUUGUAAAAGCAGGAAUUAGGCUGCUAGGAUAAGACCUGCCAAGAAUGGCGUACAUUCAGAGGCAUAACUAGAAAUCACUGGACGCCCGGGGCAAAAAUUGCCCUGAAGUCUGCCCCAUGCGUCUCAUCCCACCCCCAUCCCCUCCACCCAUCUCAUUCAUCUCUAGUCCCUCCAUGCGUCUCAUUCCCCCCCAGCCCCUCCAUGUGUUUCAUUCCCCCCAUCCCCUCCACGCGUCUCAUUCCUCUCUAGUCCCUCCAUGCGUCUCAUCCCCCCCAACCCCUCCACAUGUCUCAUUCCUCUCUAGUCCCUCCAUAUGUCUUACCCCCCCAUCCCCAUCACACGUCUCAUUCAUCUCUAGUCCCUCCAUGCGUCUCAUUCCCCCCACCAUCCCCUCCACGGGUCUCAUUCCUCUCUAGUCUCUCCAUGCGUCUCAUUCGCCCCCAGCCCCUCCAUCCAUGUGUUUCAAACCCCCCAGGCUCCCAAUUUGUGUCAUUCCCAACCCCAAAGCCCCUCGAUGUGCAUCUUUCCAAAGCCCCCUUAGCCUCUCCAUGUAUCAUCCCCAUCUCCUGAGCCCAUCUAUGUAUCUUCCCGAUCCCCGAGCCCAUCUAUGUAUCAUCCCCAUCUCCCGAGCCCAUCUAUGUAUCAUUCCCAUGCCCCCAGUGCCUCUACGUAUCCCCCCAGCCCACCCCCGCCUCUCUAUGUAUCCCCCCAGCUCCGCUAUGUAUUAAUCCCAGACACUCCAUGUGUGUCAUUCUUUCCCCCCUACCUGCUCACCCCUGUGGUUCCGGGUCUGAUAGGAAGUGGUCUCUCACUGAGAACUUCCUGUCAGACCACUUGGCACUCUACACACAGGCAGGAGGGGAGCAGCACAGCACAGAUCUCCCCUCCUGUGGGCCGCAGGCCGGUGCGGCUGUGCACCUGCCAAGAUGUUAUGCAGGCGGCCCAAGGUCCCUGGAGUGAUGGACCUGGUCGCAGUGGUGACUGCCUACAUGAUGUUGUGGCAGGCUUAUGCAAUGUAUGAUCAUAUAGUGCAUUAUACCCAUUAUUUUUGCCUAAGUCAGGUGGUUUUGGAAAAACUAUUACUUUAUGUGAGCUUAGAAUUCCGACAGGAUCCUUUAGCCAUAUACCUUGGGUCAGACGGUGUUUGUAUUUGAUAGUUGGUUUGUCUGAUGAUGUCACUGUACUGUGCAGGGAGUGAAGCAGAGAAAACCACCGUAGAGACUAUAUAGAAGUUUUCAAACACUGUCUGUCAUUUGAAUGAUCUUCUCAUAUAUUAAAGGUUUGGAUGCGUUUUUCUCUUUUAUUUUUAUUUUUUUGCAUAUACCUUAUUUAACAAAAAAAAUUAAAUUCAAAAGUUGAUGAAAGGAUUAUUAUAUUAAAAAAAAGUGUUGAGGUGACAGUUGUCCUUUAAAAACAAGGGGGCAAAACAGGAUAGAUUUAACGGCAAACCAUGCAAAGUGACAGAGCAGCUUUAAAGGGACACUAUAGUCAUCAGGACAAUAACAGAUUCAUGUGAUUGUUCUGAUGUCUUCAGCCUGUCCCUGCAGGCUUUUUAAUCUAAACACUGUCUUUCCAGAGAAAAGAAACACUACUGCCUAAUAAAACCUCUAGUGGCAGUUACUCGGAUGGUCACUAGAGUAUUUCCCACAUUCCCUAUAGAGAUGUUGAUUAGCACAUUGCGCUAUUUUUCCACGCAUGUGCAAUAGCUUCCCAAUGCCUUCCUAUUGGAAAGCAUUUGGUUGGCUGAGAUCGUCAAGUUUGAAGAUCUCAGACAAGGAGGCCGAGCAGGGGGCAGGGCGAGCUGCAACCAGACCGGUGCUGAGUGGGAAUAAAGGUAUGUAAAAUGCCUUUUUAAAGGCAUGCAUGGGGCGGGAAAGAUAAACAGUGUUUUUACAACUGUAGUGUCAGGAAUACAUGUUUGGAUUCCUGACACUAUGUGUUCCUUCAAAUGAAUAAGUAUCUAAGAGAUUUUUUGGCAUCCAGCAAGUCUUAAGGAAUUAUAGACUGAACGAAGAAUUAUGGAAAGAUCACAAGAUAUUAAAAAUGUCUGGACAAAAUAGGUUACCAUAGAUGGUAAGUUAAGCUGAGCAGGUCCUCUCUCCCCUUCCUCUAAUUACAUAGUUACAUAGCUAAAAAGAGACUUGCGUCCAUCAAGUUCAGCCUUCCUUUGCUGUUGAUCCAAAUGGUAAAGCACUGCGAAAAAUAUUGUAGCUAAAUAAAUACUACUACUAAUAAAUUAAUAAUAAUUUGUAUUGCUAAUGCAGAUGUGUAAAUAUCACAACAUCAAUUUGCAGAGUAAGGGCCCAAGCUAACAAGGGACCCUUGAUUUAUGUCAAGCCCCUCAAACACAGUUUGCUACAGAACAGUAGGGUGGCGCUAGGGACAGACUGUCCACAGGGCCAGAUUAACAUAGGGACUGAUGGAGCUGCAGCUCCAGCCCCAUGCCCAUGGAAUAGGCCCAUUGAUUUAAAAAAAAAUAAAAUAUAUAUAUAUAUAUAUAAAUAUAUAUAUAUAUAUAUAUAAUUAUUAUUUUUUUUCCCCUACUCUUCACAUGCUCUUGAUUUAAUAUGAAAACGUAAGAGGGAUGUAGGGGAACAAAACUUGUGUGGACUGGCUGACAAUGCUUGCUAGAAUUGCUAAUGAGCAAGUUUCACGUCCAGAUUGGCAAUAUCAAUCUAUAUAAUAUCAAGCAAACGUUUAAUACUAUUUAUUGACUGAUCCCAUUGGCUAAUGCACUUUGUAAAUGGACAGCAUUGAAAGAUGGAUUAAAUUGAUAUGGCUAACGUGGACGUGGAGCGUUCUCUUUAGUAAUUCCGGUGAAAAGGGGCUGGACUGUGGGACCGCUGGUUCCAGUCAAAACCUCCGAAAAAACGUUUAAUUGAAAAACAGACAGCGGUGACGGCAUCAGCACAUAGGAGUUAUGGUACGUAGGCUGCUUACGUUUGAUAUUUUUUUAUGUUUUUUUUUUUAUAAUUCUUUAUUUUUGGUGCAUGUUAGCAUGUAUCAUACAUACAUUUUGCGUUCAAGUCUUGAUACAUAAGUUUUACUAUCUAGUCUGGUACAGGUGUACAUAUCACAUAUGAAGACAUUGGCUGGGUAUCAUGUUGCACAUUUUUAAUAGUGUGGUAGUCUGUUGGGUUGUAACGAGUUAGUCAGUGUAUGGGUUGUUAAACUCCCGCUAUGUGUGACAUCUCGUAGUAUAUAUGCCAGUGAGGUUUGCGAGUUUGUUUCUCUUGGGUGCUUAUGGAUCUGAGGCGCAUUGGUUCCUAUGUGUUGUCAGCCCUAUGUGAUAGUUGCUCUUGACCCUAGUUUUAGUGUGUGGCCCUCUUCCUUGUGUGGUCCCUUGUCCCCUUGUCGUGUCUCUCUGGCAUGUUGGGUGUCAUAGGGAGGGGGGGGGGGAGAAAGUCCCUGGGCGUGCUGUGGGCGCUGUGUGUGCCCUUGAAUCUCUGUGCGCAUCUAAGAAUUUGUGUGUUGAUUUGCAUAAACAGAAACAGAACAACAAACAAACAAAAAAAAAUAAAUAAAAAAAAAUUAAAUUAAAAGUCAUGGCAUAGCUAGGAAAGUCUCUCGAAUGUCCCUAUAACUUGAGGUACUCAGGUGUGUUGAUUAAUUCAAGUCUUUGGCCUCCUGUCUCUUCUAAUGUCGGAUGAGGACGUAUCUGAGUCAGUGUCCAGUAGAGGUUGUGUGUCCGAUGAUGCGUGUUCGAGGCCCCGUUGUGGUUGUAAGUCCAGUGCUGCCAGUAUUGCGGGAAUGUCUGCUGGGUCCGUAGCUUUGUAGAACUUUCCUUCUUUAGUGAUCCAUAGGGUGUGCGGUGUCGCCCAUCUGUAGGUCAGGCCCGCUUUCUGCAAGAUCUGCGUGAGGGGCUGCAUGGUUUUCCGCCACUGUAGCGUAGCCCUGCUUAGGUCUUGGAAGAACGAGAUUUUACAGUUCUCAAAUUCGUAUGGCGUUUUCCCUUUUAUCGCUGCUAGCAGGCUUAAUUUGUUGGACAUUGUUUGACACCUGAGAAUAAUGUCUCGUGGUGCGGUUGCAGGGGCUCUUGGGGAUUUGGAUAUUCGGUAUGCCCCAUCAAAGGAGAGGUAUUUAGCCUCUCUUGUUGAUAGUAGUGCCGACACUAGCCUUCUAAUGAAGUGCGGUAAUUCUUCUAGGGGUAUAGUUUCUGAUACUCCCCUCACCUUUAUGUUCUUUCUUCUGCCCCUGUCAUCCAGGAUGAGCACCUGCUUGUUUGUUUCAACUUGUGUAGUCUGGAUACCUUGUACUUUAUCGCUCAGUUCUUUGAGGCCUUGUUGCAGGUCUGUCACAUUCUUUUCAGUUGUCUGUGUGCGCCUUUUCACGGCCUGUACUUCGGUCGUGAGAGCUGCCAGGUCUGCCUCCCACAUUGCCCUAAGGUUAUUUUGGAGACCGGUGAGCAUUUCUCUAAGCUCCCGUUUUGUAGCCGGAGCUUCUGUCUCCUUUGGGCUGGGUGGUUCUCUUUGUAUCGGUUUCAGGCUUUGAUGCGCGGUCUCGUCGCUGUCUCGUGCGAAUGAAGGCUCCCGGGUAAGUGAGGCCUCCUGCGCCGGUGAAAUUGUCGCUGGCGCCAUGUAUUGCAGCAUUUGACUUAUGUUUUGCUGUGUCUUGGGCAUGGGAGCAGGCGGUUUCGGGGUUUUCCUCCCCAUAUUACCUGUUAGCCAAGGUAGAAGGUCGGCGUCGUCCCAGUCUAGUGGGCCUCCGUAUGCUGCCGGAGAGUGUUUGAUGGCGCGGUAGGCCUUGGUGCCGCGGGUCUGGUAUUUCUUGCCCGGGGUGUGUAAAAAAGGCAUCGGCAGAUUCAGGGCGGUUAGCUCCGUCGAACUCUGCCCUCUGUGCAGGCGGUUUGGCUCGGAUGCAGGUGAUAUUUUAGAGAUUAGGCUGAUCAGCGCUCGGAGCUAUGAAAAUGGCGUCUAUUCAGUUGCGCUGCCAGGCUCCGCCGAUAUUUUUUUAUGUUUAUGCUUAAAAAUUAUAAUUUCUGUUUUGCCACCUGACCACUUUACAGCAAUCCAUCAAUUCACUAAACCAGGAAUUAAGGAGAAAUGUCAGGUGUAAAAAUAAUGAGACCAACAUGGCCUACUUGGAAGCAGCUUUAAUUUAAUGUAAAGUUUGGGGUCCCAUUGCCAGACCCCCAUUUAGUAAAUGUUAGCCAUGGUUUCCUGCUAGGAGAGGCAGCAUGUCACCCCUUACAAGGUCAGUGCAGUGCCUGCUCCUCCCAGCCAGGGGGCGCUCGCACCCCUCGGCUCUGUUUAGGCCUCUCCUCCUCCUCCUCCUCCUCCGUCUCCUCUCGGCAGUUUGGACAUGGCAGUGAGAGCGGCUCAGGGGGCACACGGGCCGCACCGCACUCACACUCCGGAGCUGGGGGGACACAGCACGGGGCCGCACCGCACUCACACACUGGCCUGAGGCUCCCUGUGUGCAGCCUGCCCCUGGAGUAUCCCACCGGACCCCGGGCACUGCUCCUGGCCCGGCAUGAAGAGCCCACGGGUGAGUGCCCACUCAGAGAGGGUGAGUGUCACCAGCACAGAGUGUCUGAUGGAGUGUUCAUACCCAGCACUGGGUGCCAGGGGGUGCCAGGCAGAGUAUCACCAGCACAGAAUGUCUGAUGGAGUGUUAAUACCCAGCACUGAGUGUCUGAUGGAGUGUUAAUACCCAGCACUGAGUGUCUGAUGGAGUGUUAAUACCCAGCACUGUCUGAUGGAGUGUUCAUACCCAGCACUGUCUGAUGGAGUGUUCAUACCCAGCACUGGGUGCCAGGGGGUGCCAGGCAGAGUGUCACCAGCACAGAGUGUCUGAUGGAGUGUUCAUACCCAGCACUGGGUGCCAGGGGGUGCCAGGCAGAGUGUCACCAGCACAGAGUGUCUGAUGGAGUGUUCAUACCCAGCACUGAGUGUCUGAUGGAGUGUUCAUACCCAGCACUGAGUGUCUGAUGGAGUGUUCAUACCCAGCACUGAGUGUCAGGGGGUGCCAGGCAGAGUAUCACCAGCACUGAGUGUCUGAUGGAGUGUUCAUACCCAGCACUGAGUGCCAGGCAGAGUAUCACCAGCACAGAGUGUCUGAUGGAGUGUUCAUACCCAGCACUGGGUGCCAGGGGGUGCCAGGCAGAGUAUCACCAGCACAGAAUGUCUGAUGGAGUGUUAAUACCCAGCACUGUCUGAUGGAGUGUUCAUACCCAGCACUGUCUGAUGGAGUGUUCAUACCCAGCACUGGGUGCCAGGGGGUGCCAGGCAGAGUGUCACCAGCACAGAGUGUCUGAUGGAGUGUUCAUACCCAGCACUGGGUGCCAGGGGGUGCCAGGCAGAGUGUCACCAGCACAGAGUGUCUGAUGGAGUGUUCAUACCCAGCACUGAGUGUCUGAUGGAGUGUUCAUACCCAGCACUGAGUGUCUGAUGGAGUGUUCAUACCCAGCACUGAGUGUCAGGGGGUGCCAGGCAGAGUAUCACCAGCACUGAGUGUCUGAUGGAGUGUUCAUACCCAGCACUGGGUGCCAGGCAGAGUGUCACCAGCACAGAGUGUCUGAUGGAGUGUUCAUACCCAGCACUGGGUGCCAGGCAGAGUGUCACCAGCACAGAGUGUCUGAUGGAGUGUUCAUACCCAGCACUGGGUGCCAGGGGGUGCCAGGCAGAGUGUCUGAUGGAGUGUUCAUACCCAGCACUGAGUGUCUGAUGGAGUGUUCAUACCCAGCACUGAGUGUCUGAUGGAGUGUUCAUACCCAGCACUGAGUGUCUGAUGGAGUGUUCAUACCCAGCACUGAGUGCCAGGGGGUGCCAGGCAGAGUGUCACCAGCACAGAGUGUCUGAUGGAGUGUUCAUACCCAGCGCUGGGUGCCAGGGGGUGCCAGGCAGAGUGUCUGAUGGAGUGUUCAUACCCAGCACUGGGUGCCAGGGGGUGCCAGGCAGAGUGUCACCAGCACAGAGUGUCUGAUGGAGUGUUCAUACCCAGCACUGGGUGCCAGGCAGAGUGUCACCAGCACAGAGUGUCUGAUGGAGUGUUCAUACCCAGCACUGGGUGCCAGGCAGAGUGUCUCCAGCACAGAGUGUCUGAUGGAGUGUUCAUACCCAGCACUGGGUGCCAGGGGGUGCCAGGCAGAGUGUCUGAUGGAGUGUUCAUACCCAGCACUGGGUGCCAGGGGGUGCCAGGCAGAGUGUCACCAGCACAGAGUGUCUGAUGGAGUGUUCAUACCCAGCACUGGGUGCCAGGCAGAGUGUCACCAGCACAGAGUGUCUGAUGGAGUGUUCAUACCCAGCACUGGGUGCCAGGGGUGCCAGGCAGAGUGUCUGAUGGAGUGUUCAUACCCAGCACUGGGUGCCAGGGGGUGCCAGGCAGAGUGUCUGAUGGAGUGUUCAUACCCAGCACUGGGUGCCAGGCAGAGUAUCACCAGCACAGAGUGUCUGAUGGAGUGUUCGUACCCAGCACUUGGUGCCAGGCAGAGUGUCUGAUGGAGUGUUCAUACCCAGCACUGGGUGCCAGGGGGUGCCAGGCAGAGUGUCACCAGCACAGAGUGUCUGAUGGAGUGUUCAUACCCAGCACUGGGUGCCAGGCAGAGUGUCACCAGCACAGAGUGUCUGAUGGAGUGUUCAUACCCAGCACUGGGUGCCAGGCAGAGUGUCACCAGCACAGAAUGUCUGAUGGAGUGUUCAUACCCAGCACUGGGUGCCAGGCAGAGUGUCUCCAGCACAGAGUGUCUGAUGGAGUGUUCAUACCCAGCACUGAGUGCCAGGGGGUGCCAGGCAGAGUAUCACCAGCACAGUAUGUCUGAUGGAGUGUUCAUACCCAGCAUUGGGUGCCAGGCAGAGAGUCUGGGUGCCAGUGCUGGGUGCCAGGCAGAGUAUCGGUAACCAGCACUGGGUGCCUGGCAGAGUAUCACCAUAACCAGCGAUGGGUGCCAGGCAGAGUAUCAUUAUAACACAUGAUGCCAGGCUGUGUAAUAAUUUCCAUCACAGCAUGUUAGAUACAGUAUUAAUACCCAUAAGUGUAUUAAUACUCAGACUGGCAUCCAGCGCUAAGCAUUAAUAGUAAACCCUAAGUUCAAGGCCAAGUUUUAAUGCUCAGCACGGAGUUUCAGGCAGAGCAUUAAUACCCCACAUUGCUUGUUAGGCAGAGCAUUAAUACCCCACAUUGCAUGUUGGGCAGAACAUUAAUAUCAUUCACUUCAUGCCAGGCAGAGCAUUAAUGUACUGGGUGCCAAGCAGAGUUCAAAUAAAAGAAUUAUUGUCCGUACAGGAUUCUGGACAGAUUAUUAUUACCCAGUGCAUUGUGCCCGGCAGAGUAUUAAUUACCAGCUCGGGGUGGCAGGCAUGGUAUUAAAACCCAACAAAAAAAGUCAGACAGGUUAUUAUUAACAACAAAAUCAAGUUAAACAGAUACAAUAAAAUAGAUUAUAGGUAAGAAAGCUGCACCUUAUAGUGUACAAGCUUACGAAACACUAUUUAGACAUAAAACAAAAGUUUAAGGUGCGUCUUUAAGACAAUAUCAGUGAUAAUUGCAACAUGCCCUUAAAACAUAAUCAAUUAAGGUGCAUAUAUUAUAAAGUGCAAUAGUACUUUGGUGCAAACACAAUGCAAUAUAAGUGCCACAAUUUGUGAAAAAAAUGUGGAUCAGUGUAACAUACAAACUUUUACAUAUGUAUUAUUGUAGAAUAUUGGGAGAGCAUACAUGUAAAAUAAGAAUAAAAGAACCUCAUAGGGCAAUAUAGCACGAUAAAUUGAAUACAAUAUAAAAGUUUAAAAGGGAACACUCACAAACAUAGAGCAGAGAAGCCUGCUCUAAACUUUAAUAGCUGCAAGAAAUAUCACUUUAUCAUCUAGUCCAGAGUGAUAUAUCUUGGAGCUAUUAAAGCUUAGAGCAGGCUUCUCUGCUCUAUGUUUGUGAGUGUUCCCUUUUAAACUUUUAUAUUGUAUACAAUUUAUCGUGCUAUUGCCCUAUGAGGGUCUUUUUUAUUCUUAUUUUACAUGUAUGCUCUCCCAAUGAAAUCAACCAAUAUUCUACAAUAAUACAUAUGUAAGUUUGUAUGUUACACUGAUCCACAUUUUUUUCAUGAAUUGUGACACUUAUAUUGCAUUGUGAUUGCACCAAAAUACUAUUGCACUUUAUAAUAUAUACACCAUAAUUGAUUGAUUGUUUUAAGGGCAUGUUGCAAUUUUCACUAAUAUUGUCUUAAAGACACAGCACACCUUAAAGGACCACUAUAGUGCCAGGAAAACAUACUCGUUUUCCUGGCACUAUAGUGCCCUGAGGGGUCCCCCUCCCGCCGGGCUCUGGGGAGAGGAAGGGGUUAAACUUACCUCUUUCUCCAGCGCCGGGCGGGGAGCUCUCCUCCUCCUCUCUUCCCUCUUCUCUUCGGCUGAAUGCGCAUGCGUGGCAAUGCUUUCCUAUGGACGCUGGCGUCUUCUCACUGUGAUUUUCACAGUGAGAAGCAUGCAAGCGCCUCUAGCGGCUGUCAAGAGAGAGCCACUAGAGGCUGGAUUAACCCUAACAUAAACAUAGCAGUUUCUCUGAAACUCCUAUGUUUAUAAAAAAAAAAAAAGCGGUUAACCCUAGAAGGACCUGGCACCCAGACCACUUCAUUAAGCUGAAGUGGUCUGGGUGCCUAUAGUGGUCCUUUAAACUUUCGAUUUAGGUUAUUAUUAACCAAUACAAGAUGGAAGGCGGAGUAUUAUUAUCCAAUACGAGGUUUACCUGCACCAGGCAAGAUAGUAUUACUCUGCCCAAAAUAUUGGAUAUAGUAUUAUUACCCAGCACAGGUUGCUGAGCAGUAUUGUAUUACCUAGCACAGGAUGCUGGGAAAAGUAUUAUUACCCAGCACGGGAUGCCAGGCAGAAUAUUAUCACCCAGCCCAAGAGGCUGGACAGAGUAUUCUUACCCAGCACUGGAUGUUAGAGUAUUAUUACUCAGCCAAAGAGGCUGGACAGAGUAUUAUAACCCAGCCCAAGAGGCUGGACAGAGUAUUAUUACCCAGCCCAAGAUGCUGGACAGAGCAUUAUUACCCAGCAUAGGAUGCCGGGAAAAGUAUUAUUACCCAACACAGGAUGCCAGGCAGAAAAUCAUCACCCAUCCAAAAACGCCAGAGUAUUAUUACCCAGCACAAGAUGUUAGACAUAGUAUUAUUACUCAGCACAGGAUAAUGGGCAGAGUAUUAUUACCCAGCACAGAACACCAGGUAUACCAUUCCCCAAUAAAAGAUGUUACUGUAUUUAACCCAAAUGACGCUGGAAUAAUUUUUGUUAACCAGCACUCUCUACUCUCUGCGUCAUGUUCAUGCCUUAUAACCUUUACUCAUGGAUCACGUAGUGUUUACAUUUUACACUCCUCAUACAUUAUCUGUAAUGCGUGUAUAAUAUGUAACCUUGUAACAAUACCACAUUGCCCAUUCCAGGACAAACGUGAAAUCUCUCUGUCAUUUUCAGGGUAAAGGCAUUCUAAAUAAAUACCUAACUUUUACGCACCCUUUUUACACAGGGUUAUUCACUUAAGUGAGAAUUCAAAGUGAACCUCAAAAUAGGCAAACUGGGAAAUUUCUCUAGAUCGGACCUCUCUUCGGUCUUAAAUUUGAAAUUCACUGGGAAUUCUUACUUUAAUCAAUAACCCUGUCGGUAUUUUAUAAUGCUAUAAUCAAGUAAUUCUUAGAGUUGUUGGUGAUUAUCCCCCCCCAAAAAAAUCAAUAUAUUUAUGUUUAUAAAUAUUUAGGUGCUUCUCACAAGUUUGGUAUAUUGACUUCUCAUUUAAAAUGAGGAGGGACACAAUAAUGUUUCCUUAGUUUAGAAGUAUUCUUAAGAUGUACUCUAGCAUGUUUGUAUAUAGCUAUAACGUUUAUCUCAUAUUUUAGUGUUUGUCAUUUGUAACACUUGCUAUGCAUUUUUUGCUUUGUUACUAUAACACCGUCGCUUGAAGCCCUCUGUAAUUUUUCCAUCUGUUUGUACAAGUAAAUGCCCUGGCCUUAACCGGCAGGAUUUUCUGUAGUGUGUCGACGACCUGAUUGUGAAUAAAAUAAAUAUUAAUGAAUGUGGAGUGUUGAUGCGGAGUGCAGUGGCAUGCUUUUUAUUCCCGGCUGAAUCACACACGCUCUCACGCAUGCAAUGCUUUCUGUAGGUCAUUGUUGGUAUGAGAUCAUCCCAUCUCAGCGUGUCUCAUUACAUGGGUGGGCCUUGUGAAGCUGCUUUGCCUUGUGUGUACUCUGCUUUAUGGUAAUAAACAACUGCAUUCAUUGUAGGUCGCUUGCAGCCUUCACUCACUUACUCUUAUACAUCAUCUGAUCAACUUGCAGCAAUUGUGUGUGGGUUGCUCUAGUCUUACAGUAGGGGCAGAGGGAUGGAUGCCUGAAUUGGCACCCCAGAUGUUUCAGAACUAUGUUUCCCAGUUUGCUGAACAUCGUUGAAAGAUAUAAUGUAGACACAUUUGGAAUUCCAGGAUAGCCCCAUCGUUGUAGUAUUUGAUCCAAUUCCGGUUCAUUUCUCUUUGUGUAAUAAUAGUAUAUUCUGGCUCAUAUAGGUGUCAGCCCUAGACAUUCUCAAAAUGAUUUGCUUAAGUGAGGAUUGCUGGGAAUUCAAAUUGAAUUACAAAUUUAAGGCCAAAAAACUGAAACUUCUAAUUUGUCUAUAUUGGCCUAUAUUUUGUAAUUCACUUUGAAUUCCUGGUAAAUAACCUGUUAUUGUGCAGUUGUGGUGUAUGUCUAGUGUCCCUCCUGACAGCGGUGUUUUCGGCACAGGUGCUGGUUUUAUUGACUAAAUGAUGAGUAGAAAGUUUGCUAAAUUUGGAACCAAAUGUUGGGAAAACUUACAAAAUUUGUUUCAAAUGCAUUACAGUGACAGUUAUAAAAUUUACUUAAAAAAAUGUAUUUGUGCUUUGUGGGAUUACGAAAAUGUAAUUUUAAUGUAAAUCUGUUUAUUUGGCGAUAUCUUGCUAUGUUAUCUGCCAUUAUGUGUGUGUAAUAAAUAUACCGUAUUUGUCAAUGUACAAGAUGACCCCAGUUUUGUGAGCCCAAAAUUAAGAAAUACAUUUUUUAAACAUCAAAUAGAACAACUUUGAUAUUUUAGAAGUGACUUCUGAUUCUAAUGCCUCCCCUGUGCUACAGGACUCUGUGAAGAUAAUGGCUGUAUAGUGCAUGCCGUGAGACUACAGUUCCCACAAUACAGCAGGUGGUGUGAGGGCAUGCUGGGACAUCACAGCAGUAUUCCCUCUGCUCCCUGAUCCCCAUUUCCUCCCCCAUAAAUAUAAAUCAGAUAUCAAAACCUACCUGAGGUGGAGCAAACCUUAAUAUGGCUGCUCCUUUUAUGAUGUGGAAUGUCUCUGGAGCUCCGCUGGGGGUAAGUGCUGAUGUCUGCUGCAGCUCCCACGCAUAAAGGGACCUCUUCCUCCAUGCCACAGCAUUUAGAAGUGGAUCGGCAUGAGGGAAGCCAGGUAUGUGUGUGGUUGUGGACCGUGGCACACCGAAAUGCGACAGGCGCCAUCUUGGUGUAUGCCCUGCGCACAAGUGUUUUUUUUUUUUUUUUAACCCCUGCAGUGACAUUCUAUGUAUAAAACAACCCCCAAUUUUGGACUACAUUUUUUUAGAAAAAUACGAUAUAUAUAUAUAUAUAUAAUUCACCAAAUUGUGGAAAUCCUUGACAAAGAUAUUUUAUCAUAUUUGGUUGUUAACUGGUCUACCUAAUUCAUAUAUUGGUGCAUUUCUUAAUUAAUGGCAUGUGAAAGCAUGUUCCAUAUUUUAGGAAUACACAAUGAAGUGCUGUGAGAAUUUGGAGUACAAUGUAAGAACAAUCAGGAUGUGGAAUUCUCUGCCUGAAGAAGUGGUUUUAUCAGAGUCCAUACAGAUGUUCAAACAGCUACUAGAUGCAUACUUGCAAAAAACAGAAUAUACAAGGAUAUAAUCUUUCAAUGUAGGGUAAUAACUGCUUGAUCCAAGGAUAAAGCUGACUGACAUUCUGGGGUCAAGAAGUAGUUUUUUUCCUAGUUUGUCACAAAAUUUGAAGUGCUUCAAACUGUUUUUUUUGGCCUUCUUUUGGAUCAACAGCAAAAAACAAAUGUGAGGAAGGUUGAAUUUGAUGGACUCAAGUUUCUUUUCAGCUAUGUAACUAUGUAACGUUAUUGGGCCUGUACUUACACAUUAAAUAAACCACACAUUGGCCUUUACAAAAAUUUCCCAGAUUAUGAAAUCCAUUCCUGUUCUGCUGAAAGAUUUAAUUUUCCUGUCCGUAGUGUGAAACCUUUUAUGUAUAGUGAAUAUGAUGAUCGGCUUAUCCACUGGUGAACAUUUUUUGUAACUGUAUCUCAUCCUAUUUGUAUGCUAGCAUGCAAUGGCGUCUUGUCACGUUCAACAUAUUACACAUGCUGCAGCAUAUUUGGCUGGUGUUGACAGAUGGUUUCAUAUUAAGCCUUUGCAGUAGAAUCUGCUUUGUUACACGGCUAUGAGUAUCUAUUUCUGCGUUUUCUGUUUAAAAAAACAAAAAAAACAAACAAACCCCAAAAGAUGUUUUCUUGCAUGCAAUUCAACCAUUUAAUACAUUUUUAUUGUGACAUCAUAUAUUGAAGGUACUGGACACUGGUUUUAAUGUAUUUAGAGCCACACAAGUGUCAUAAGUGUAUAAGCAUUAAAUUGCCAGUAUGACCAGGCUAGGACAAAGGGCAAAAAAAUAUUCACUUAUAGUGAUGUCGCAAAUAUGUCUCUUCCUGUACCAUAAUCACUACAACUUGUAAUGUAUGCUGCUGUGCAAGCAGUCUUUGGAUGAUGUCUUUCUCUCAGCACCCAAAGCCUGGCCCCUUUGCUGCUUCCGAGAUGAUGUAGAGGUUUUACUUCCACAUUCCACACUCCACACAUAAAGCACUUCAGCAAGCUUUAGUGGUCUGAAGAGUGUGCCCUUUUUUAUUUUACUAAAAGUGCAGAUUACAUUGGAAAUUUGCACUUUUAGAAACUGACCUUGUUAUGCCCCUUCUAGCUGUCAAUCACACAAUCGGUUCUGUUACUUCCUGGUUGUUUAGCUCAGUGGAGCUAAACUCAAGAGGCAGCAAUUGCCCAGAGCUGAUGCAUUGGGAAGUCUGUGAUUGGACUGCCACAGCAAGUCUGGGCUGGGAGAUUAGGAGAGGGCUUGCAAAGGAUACAGACAAGAGAUUUGCAGGUAGGUUUUACUAACUGUUUUAGAUAUAUUCCCAAUGAACAAAAUGAUUAACCCCUUAAUGCCAUUAGGGCAUGCUGUGCUGUCCUACAAAAGGAGAGCUUUAACGCCUUUAGGGCUGCAUAGCAUGGACCUUCCCGGCAGCCGGCAUACUUACCCUCCAUGAAGAGUAUGAUCCCUGUAACUGUCCAAAACACCAUGAAACCUGUACAUGGAGGCAUCAUUGUUCUUGCAGGACAUAAAAGCAUACAAAUAUAUGUGUUUUAUUGCAGUAAAAGCAAACAGUAUUAUGACAUUCACUGUUAGAAUGACCACAGAACAUAUAGGUAACAAUCGGUAAUUAUGUAUGAUUUGUGAAAUACUAAACUGGGACUGUAUGUAAUGAUUGUAUUUCUUUAAAGAUUACCUUUGUUUAGGUGAGCGGUGAUUGUGCACUGUGGUAAAUAUAUUUUAGAAGUAUCUGGAUGGCAAGGUUAGCUGUCAGUGUGUACCAGUUAUUAAUCGUCCAUCUGAUGGGACAUAUCGAUAGAUCGAUAGAUACUGAUAUACGUUGCUAUAGUGACUAUAACUUUUCCUAUCUGUAGACCUAUUAGCUAUACUUUGCUAUAGUGACUAUAACAUUCCCUCUCUGUAGACCUAUUAACCACACGUUCUUACUGUGGUCACUCUUCAGGUACAUUUUACGGUCUUACUGUGGUCACUCUUCAGGUACACUUAAGAGUUUGCACGUGGUGCCCAAUAAAACUUGGCUUGGGAGACGUAGCAAGUAUUUUGGAAGUAUGCCCUCAAGUAUUUCCUUUACAUUGCUUGUCCUGUCAGGAAACCCAGCUAUUUAUAACAAAUAUCGGCACUCGAGCCUUUGACAUCAUAUCAUCUCCACAUGUUUCUUUCAGUCUAGUCCAACCUUUCUAAUAGUAGACCUGCGUUGUUCCUAGUUUGUUUUUGCAUACUCAAAGUCACAUUUGGAUUAUCUCUUUAUGUAACUGUUAUCUUUGUUCUGGUACGUUUUAUAAUGUAGGUGUGUACCUACGUUAUCUGGUUGUUGGGGUGAAUAUGAAUAUUAAUUUGUCUCUCUGCAAUGCUCCUAACACACGUUUGUUAGGGAACUUACAAAAACAUACAUUCAUGUACACAUAAAUAUUUGUACAAACACUCAAAUUCAUAUACACUCACACACAUUUGAUUUUUAUUUGGAUAAUAUUUCAAAUAAUGAUCCUGUGGUUUGCUGCAGGGAGCAGCUCCAAACUGACACCAGGACUAUGAUGAAGUUACAUCCUUGGUUCUCCUCAUUGGUUUUGGUCUGCGAGGGAGCAGCGCAGCUCCCCCGCAACUUGCAAGAUCAGCAAAUGGAAUCUGCAGAGCAGCCACUUUCCGUGGGCAACCUUUGCCACUAGACAGGUGCAUGCCUUGAUGACUAGGUGACACAGACACCUGUUACCUGGGAUAGAGCUCUGCCCCCCCUCCCCCUGGUUAUUACACUACUGACCUCAUAUAUAAUGUAACGACUAUUAGAAAUCACUAGCAUUGACUUCUACUCUGGAUCUGACCCUUAAUGGGUUAUUUCAAUAUAUAUCGCACAGCUCGUUGUAUAUUAUUUAUUAGCCUGGUAAUUGGUAUUAAUAGGGGACUUCUUUCACCUAACCUAUGCAGUGAGUGCAGGUUGAGUGGACCUGUAAGCACAAAUCCUUAAGAAUGACUUGGAAAAACUAAUAUGGGAAAUAUAAAACGCACAACAGAAAUUUACAAAGUCAUCAAGCCUGAAAAAAAAUCAGAUUCAGUUACGUUUUUACCACAACCUACUUUAUGUUCCAGACAUUUUUCAUUAAAUACGUUAAAGCCUUGAUCCAUAUUCCUACUUGUUUUUGUGAUUAUCUGCAUGAAUAGAAAGACCCCAGGUUACGAUCUUUCUGCACAAUUCCUCAAUGGCAGUACGUUUGCUUAAUGAAAUCUUAGCCUCUAUUCUCUUUAAUUUACCCAGAAUUCAGCUGAAGUUUAGUUUAUUGUCACCGUAUCAAUACAACAGUUGGAACCUGAUGACUCUAUCAGUGACGUGAAUUGAAUUUGGGCUCUGAUGUUCCUGAAAUCCAUUUGAAAACGCGGUUACGGUUUCUUUACAGUGGCAAAUUUCUUUGACUGCUCUGGUGUUAAACACUGGCAGCAGAUGAAUAGCAAAGCGAUAAAUAACACUGCAGGAGACGAGGGCUAGGGGUUGCGUUUAAAACUUCUAUUGUAUCGCGCAUGGUGCAAAGUAGUGACCCAGGGUGCUUGACAAUAAUUAGCGUCAGCAUUUCAAUUCUCUUAAAAGCAAUUCUAUAUCAUUUUCCAAAAUGGCAAAAGAGCUUUGUAUCAAAGUAAAAUCGCAGAACCCAUUCAGCAUUUGCAAAUCUAACUGAGCUGUUCAUUAGACAGAGAUGUUCCUUCUUUGCAGCCCGUCCCAUUGUUGAAGUCUUUAUUUACGGUACAUUCUCCCCAUUUACUCAGCGAAUGUGACCGUUCUUGUUUGCACGUGGUGCCCAAUAAAACAUUGAAAAAAAUACCCAUAACCUGUUAGCUUUUUUUUUGUCAUGUAAUCCUUCUUAUCUUUUACAUUUAUAUUAAAGAUUAAAAAAUUGUCAUCACUAUUCAGUCAGCCACCAGGACACCUAUUGCCGAUGGGAAGGAGAAAUAAUAUUGUUUGUUUUCUCUUCCUAGCUGGGUGCUUUCACUAUGCUACCAGGGCAAGGGACAGAGCUACAUCCAUGUGUACACAUAAUCUGAACAUGCAUACAUUUUAAGACUGCUGCAUCCUUGUAAUAAAUGCAUGUUCAGGUGAGUGCUGCCCUUUUGUAUGUAAAUAUAUUUGGGAGUCCAGGCCAACUCCCUUGGCUUUGCACCCCUCCGGUCACAAGUGCCUCAUUUAAGGGCCCUUUUUAACUUUGCACUGCAGAGUCCCAGGAGGAAAUAUUCCCAAGUGUGUUAAUCUCAUAAGAGCCGGCAUUAGGGUGUUAGAGUAGGACCUGCCAAGAAUGGAGUACAUUGUCGUUGUGGCAGGCUUAUGCAGUGUAUGAUCAUAAACUGUAACUAAAGCCACAUUGUUUGUUUCAAUUUCAUGAGCUUUGAAGUUAAUGUUUAGUGAGUGAGGGAGUGCUCUGUAUUUUAUGUGUGUGUGUGUGUGUGUGUGUGUAUAUAUAUAGAUAUAUAUAUAUAUAUAUAUAUAUCUAUAUAUAUCUCACUCUGCAUGAAUAGAAAGACCCCAGGUAUAUGUACACACACAAAAUACAGAGCACACCCUCACUCACUAAACAUUAACUUCAAAGAUAAUUAAAUCGAAAUGGAAACAAUGUGGCUUUAGUUACAUUAUAUGAUCAUACACUGCAUAAGCCUGCCACAACGACAAUGUACUCCAUUCUUGGCAGCCCCUACUCUAACAACCUAAUGCCGGCUCUUAUGAGAUUAACCCACUUACUUGGGAAAGAUCAUGAAAUUGAAACAAACAAUGUGGGUUUAGUAUACGAUAUAUAUAGUAUUUGUGUAUUAAAUACAGACGAUCAUUAAACACAUUAAAAUCAUACAAAGUGACCAUCUUUCAAGUUACAUAUAUUUCUGAAAAGUCAACAGAUGCAUUGAAUUACACUUGACCUGAUUUCCAUUGAACUCACUGCGUCACCUUAUAAACAUUUGUAAUUUUUUUUCUUCCCCUUUUCAAUCUGUUUGCGAACCACUGUGACAUAUUAAAGAUGCCAGUUGCUAUGACAGAGCUCACAGUCCUCUAUUCUGAGUUACAAGUGAGAGGAAUAACCUACACCUUUGUUAUCAGCACAUUGUGUAGAUGGAGUUGCAUGUGCUUUUGGUUUCUCUAAACUGUGAUAGGUACAGUUUUUACACACCCAUUUAGUGACCGCUAUGCUGUAUAGUUACUGCUACUAUACAAGCAGGAUGCUAUAAGCUCACAGCAAACAUGGCUGAGCAGAUGUGGUAAAAGGAAAGUACAACAUUUGUAUUACUUUUUAUUGCAACCGGGAGGGACCUAUAUAUGUAACAUAGGUGGACAGGGGCACGAUGGCGUUAAUAAUGCAGGUUUGUGUUCCUUCAAGUAGGCCCUUAAUGCUUUCUAUGGGCAUGCAUUAUUUUCUAUUAUUUAUUCAUCUCUGGCAUUGCUGGAAUCAGGGGGGCAGCAGGGUAAAUGCCCCCUUGAGAAGUCAGGAGAAUUUGUAUGGCCAGCAGCAGUGGCUCAGUGAAUGACCUCGCCCACCAAAUGCCUGCAGCCGUGUUGUAACUAUGGAUCUAUUUCUCUGUGGUUGUCUGUAUGUUGGUGUGGUUGUCUGUAUGUGUGUGUAGAUAUGUGUUUCUUUAUAUGUGUGAAUCUUGUGUGGUUUUGAGGUAUUUGUCACUGUAUCUUUGUAAAUGUAUGUGUCCAUUUCUUAAAGAUAAAAACCUGAAACAAAUUUCAGUAGUUCCCCUCCUGAAUUCAGAUCCACCUCUAAUCAAUGGAAUAUCUCUGGUGGUCGGGAAUGCGUAGGAACAAAAAUAAAAAGAAUUGAGUGAAAGACUGAACUCUGAACCAGGAAACAAAUGAAAUAGCUAAUUCUUUGUUCUGUUGUUUCUUGGUUAGGUCAUAUGGCAGUUUUGAGUUAUGGAAUUUGUACAAGUCGCCAAUUGCCAAAAUUUAGGACAAAUUGUGAUUCAUUUGCAAACAAACGCACAAAUCUAGCUCUGUUUAGACCUAGUGGUCAUGUUGAUUAGAGUGCCCCUGUGAUCUGCUGUAAUGAUUAUGUUGCCUAGGGUUGUAUUAACUGGGGCUUUUCCUGGAGUAGAGACACAUUGGGCUCCUUGGCCACAUUGAUAAUGUGGAAGUGUGAAUUCUGCUUUAAAAAUGUCAGUUUCAUCCAGCCUGUGUGAUGUUGGCAGACAGUGUAAGGGGCAGCUUAGCCCAAUGCUCUCAGCCAGUCAGUAUCGCCCAGGUUGGAUGAAAUACACAUUGAUAAUGGGACAGUGUUAUUGCUGCAUUAUCAUGGUUUUUAUGCAAACCAUUUGUUAAUGAUUUGAUUUAAAACCAGGGGACAGCACCAGGGUAUGUAAUUCUCCGACAUUCUUGCUACUUCACAGCAGUAUUGCUGCUGCUUUUACUGCAGUGCUAAGAUCUCCGUCUUAGCAUUGUUUUUCUGCUGCUGUAGUUGCGUUCAACCAGCAUUAACCCCUUAAGGACCAAACUUCUGGAAUAAAAGGGAAUCAUGACAUGUCACACAUGUCAUGUAUCCUUAAGGGGUUAAACUGCAGAUGUUUCCUGUGUCCAACUGGCUUGAUUACAUUUACGUGUAGUUUCUUUGACUUGAAAAUGGGGCAACUGGUUUAAUUCUAAUUUCAUUUGUUUUAAUUUUUAAAACAUUUUUUUUUUAACCAAGAACAUUAACAUUUUCUUCUACAGGGUUACUUUGCUACAUAAUUACUUGCAAAUCCCAUUGCUGUCUAAAAGCUGUGUAAAAUAACACACUUGUAAGAUCUCUGUCCUAGAAACCGAUUUCAUGGCCCAUCCUGCCUGACAUUGUGUUACUGGCAAUUUUACAUCUUCCUGUCAUUGAACAAGCCCUAUUUCACCUUCAUUAUAAUUUCAGGCUUUGAAUAAUGUUGCUGCCUGACAAUGCUAUUUUAGGAAACCCUCAUGUAUUUAGUAGUCUGGUCACUGUGUAGAAACUACAUUACUAAACUGAGAACUGCAAUCAAAAUUGGUUCAUGUAGUCCAAUAUUUCUAUAUAAAUGAUUUUAAUGUAUGAUGUCAUUGCACGCAGGAUUGACUCAGGGCCUUGAUGACAUUGGUGCAGCUAUUGGUCAUCAGAAUUUUGCUAAUUAGCCCCUGCACUCAGUUACCACCUUUAGCAAUAACAAACCUCUAUUAAUCAGCAAUGUGCCAAUACUGUCACCUUUAACUUGUCAAUAUAUAGCAUUAAAGGUGAGGAUAUGCCCUGCAUAACCUUAAUCACGUCCUUUAUAAAGUUAAUUGGUUAAACUUGAAUGUGCAGCCCAUGUACUGGAUGUUAACCUUCAGUUUUGUUUUUACGUAUUGUGCUAUCAUUAUAAGAGUGUGUCUCUCUUUUUUUUAAUUUUUUUUUUUUUUUUUUACAAAUAGUGCAGAUUUCAACAGAAAUUGACACUUUUAUAAAUGAACCUAGUUACACUUUCAUGACUAUCAAUCAGACAGCCAACCAAUCUGUUACUUCCUAGUUAAUACUGUUACUACUUAAUAGGCAAUAAUUGCUCAGACCAUCUGCCUUGCAAAGACUUCCCAUUGAGCUGCAUUGGAAAGUCUGUGAUUGGACUGUCACAGAAAGUCUGGGUGUGUUUAGAAAGGGGUGGCUUGCAAAGGCUGCAGACAAGAUAUCUGCAGAUUUUGCAAGUUAUUUUAAAUUAACCCCAAAGAAAAAAAAUGCUUUAUGAAAUGCAAGCAUGCUUUCAUUAAGGUAUAUCUACUAAACAGUGAUUUGUAUUUGUUUUGCAUUUUGGUAGUGGAGUGUCCCUUUAAACUGUAACCUCUUUAGAAUGGAGAUAAGUUGACAUCUGAAUUAGACCUAUUGUAUAAGCGUCUUCCUGCAGCAAAACAAAAUGUUUUAUAUUCUAAUCUAGAACAGGAAAUUGUAAAUAGACUGAUGGGGAGGUUUAAAAUGCAGAAAAGAUCUAAAACAUAUCAAUAAAUAAUCAAUAAAACAUGUAUUUCAUAAUCUGAAAAGGGGAGGGGGAGUACAUGCAGCUUGUCAUAUAAUUUAAUAUGCAGACACGUGCAUGUUGGUUAACUCUAUAUGAAAAAUACGGAUGUUGAAAGAGUAUACUUUAGAGGCUGUUGGGCUGCUACAGAUUUUGUGAUGCCAGGAAAACUAUGUACAAAAAGAGAGAGAGCAUUGAAUACUUCCCAAAUGUCUCUAUUUUGGACCCAAAUCUAAAUGUCCCUCUUAAAAUAAAUGUAUUUCAAAAAUAGUCUGUGCUAUAUUGUUUUUUGUUUUUUUUUUGGUUAUGAGAUAUUUUAAGUGGCUUACUAGUAAUUUAUGCAACAAAAAUGUAAUUUAUAUUGUCUCUGACCCUGGCCAUACCCUACUCACACAAAUAAAAUUACAGUGUCCAUCUUUAUCCAUUUGAAAUGUUGGGAGGUAUGAUUGUGCUAAAUUAGUGGCAAAAUUUAAACAGUCUGGUAGUAAUGAAAAUGUUGGGGGCGGGCCUGGCUGCCAAGCUGAAUGGCAGCAUUUGGAGUGAGCUCCGUAGACAACCACCGAAAAACUGAUCGUAAUAUAUUAUAAGCUGGAGUAAUCCUGAACCUAUGAACGUAGAGACCACUCUGUACAUCUUGGUGACACAUUUCAGUGUGUUGCAGGGACGGAUUGGCGGUCUACACUCAAAACCUCUUUGCGGCCUAUCUGUGGGUACCGAUGUGGGAAGGAGCUGAUUUCCCCGCGGACAUCACUGCUGGAGCACCUGAGGUGGUAGGGGUCCCGCCCCCCCCUGCCGGUGAGGGAUAUCCCGGCACUCGCCCACUGCCUUCUAUCUUGCGGCGGAGGGUAACCCGACAACGAGCGGCACACUGUGCAGCCUCAGACAAGAUGGCGGACACCAUGCUUGCCUCCACCACACGAGGCCUACUGGAGCCACUCAAAGUCAGAAUGGACAGGCUGUUUGCAGAGUUCUGGAAGAAGCUUGGAGAGCAGACCGAGCCUGCCUGUAGAGAAGCCAAGGAUUGCAAACCUGUCACCUGAUUUACCUCAUAAUCCUCGAUGCUCAUCCAGCUUGCACCGCCGAAAGGCCUAUACACUACCCCACGAGCUGCGGAGGAGAAGAGUGCUACCCAUGGCGCACCGUCCACUCAAGCGGAGGAGAAGAGACACCAACACCUAUACAAGCCUGGUGGAGUUACCUGCCAGCUCCCGGACGGAAACUACUAGGUCACAAUGAGAUCACAAGAUCGCGGCAUCGUGGAGCAGGAACUGGAAUAGGCCACUGGCAGGAGUAGCAUUUCACCUCCGCACUGCAACUUGACUCGCCUCAGUGGACUAUACACGCAGGACAGACUGGUACCCAGCCAGGGUAUAGGCUAAAUAUCAUACCUGUCCCCAUAACAAGUUUCAUGCAUGUUCAGUUAAAGUUUAUCUUUAUAUAGCACAGCCUUGCUCUCCUGUGAACCCACAAUGUGCAUUUAGAAAGUUCCAUAAGCUUGUUCCAGCAUCCUGAGCAUAUCAUGCCAUUAACCUUCGCUGCCCUGUUUAGCCUGAUCUUAUGGGUUUUUACCAUGCAAGUAUUAUGAUUUAUUAUUACCUCAGCCAGAAGUCAACCUAAUAUGUUACUCACGCUUAUCUUGUACCUAGCCUGACCUAAACUACAUAGCUUAAUUGCGCUACAUGGCCUAAUGUGACAACUAAUAGUCCUAAAAGUGUCUUCUUUACUGUCCAUGCAUUAUAGAUACAGGGGUACAUGACACGUUUUAAACGUAUAGGAUCCCAAUUCAGAAUGUUAUGCUCUAUAUAUUUAAGCUAUAUGCUUCCUUUCACUACAGGCACUAGACAGCCUUUGUAAUUUCUAUGGCAAACUACUGGUUAAACGCCUGAUUCUAUACUUAGACAUGACUGUUUAGCCUGAUAGGAUGACGUAGCUGUACUUAUCUUUUGAAACAUAAGCAUGCACACUCCACCUUUUUAACACGUAAGGGCAUUUCACAUGACGUCACGUUAUACACUCUAUGCGGACUCCUGAUGCACUACUCAUGCUGCUCUCUACAGCGUUACUUACAUGCAUUGCAAACGAAGAACCUAAGCCUAAUGUUCAUCCUGUAUCGAUUAUAUUAUAAAAUUGUGCACUGCCUAUGUAAUACCACAAUUGUUACGUAUGCUACGAUGCUCGAGGACUGCCGUUGGGGUACCUCAAGCCUGUUUGUAUUCAGUUUACGCACUGCAAAAAAAAUAAUAAAAAAAAUAGAAAAUGUUACCUCUGGAAUGCCCUGACUAUUUAAGGUUAGCAGAGUUCUGUAGAGUUCUGGGAUACUAUUUUGACGUUUGUGUUCAUUGUUAUAGCUGUUUGUGGUUAAUGUGUAAAUUGUACAAAUGCCGUUGUGACACAAGCAAAGAUUGUCUUUGUUGACCUGUGUUAUGACUUAUAAAGCUAGCACAUAUUGAAAACAGGCACUUCACAACUCACUUCACUGAUUUGAUUUCAGCAAUCAGGAAAAAGAUCUCUAUUCUCUCUCCUAGCCCUGUACUUCUCCUAACCUGCUAAGUGCUGGCUCAUGCCACAAUCCUCUCUUGCCUUGACUACUGCAGUCCACUUCUCAAUGGUCUUAUUUGUUUCCAACUUGCCCUGUUACAGUCCAUAAUGAAUGCGGCAGCGCGGCUGAUCUUCCUGUCCUCCCAUGCCUCCUCCCUCUGUCAGUCCCUGCAGUGGCUUCCAGUAAGAAACAUUUCUGGUACUUGCUUAUAGUCUCUACAUAAUGCUGCUUCCUACUUAACCUUCCUAUGUCCUGUCGAUGCCCCUAUGCCAGCCAUAGCGAACCUAAGGCACGCAUGCCACAGCUGGCACACCAAUCUCUCUCUGUGGACACACAGCCAUAGGUCGCCGGACCACUGCUCCUUAUGGGGGUGCCGGUCGGAAGCCUUAGGCCCCCCCCAGUCACCAAUACAGAGUAGGCACCUGCCUGCCCAAAAUGGCAGGCACCUACUCUGCUUUCGUAUCGUGAGUGGGAUGGAGGGCUGCGAGGCAGCACUGACUUACGUGCUGUUCCAGCACUGCUCCCUUCGCGCCCUCCACUGAUGCUGCCGGGAGACCGGAAAUUAUGUCAAUCAGGCGCCGCCGGAUGAUUGAUGGAAUUUCCUUUCUCCCGGCGACAUCAGCAGAGGGAGCAGUGCUGGAGCAGCAGGUAAGUCAGUGCUCCCUCGCGCUCACACCCCCUCACAGCAGCAGGAGCCUGGGUGGACUUCAAACCCCCACCGGCACCAAAAAAAAUUAAACAUUAUUUAUGUGUUGGGAGCUAGAGGGGGAUAUGCUGGGGUAGUGGAGGGGAGAGAAGGGGUGAUGCGAGGAAAUGCUAGGGGAAAGAGGAGAAUUAGUUUGGACAACUGUAUGAGUUGUUUUUUCUAAACCUAAACCUCAAUAUUCAGGUUUAAUUGCCGUGUUGGCACUUUGAAGGAAAAAAGUUGGCAUGUAUUGCGGUUUGGGCACUCGGGCUCAAAAAGGUUCGCCACCUCUGCCCUGUACUCUGGAUUUAGUACAUCAGUUCUCUUUUAGUGCGAUCAACAUAGUAUUCUUUCUCUCUGACAAACAGCUUUUUUGUAAGUCUUAUCUGUCAGGAAAUGACUGGAGAAGUGGUGGGUAAGCCACUUUAAGUGAUAAUGGUUUAAUUUCUGUACAUCCCACUCUUUGAGGGUACUUGGAAUUAGUUUAAAAUAGAGGCAUUUUCUUUUUUAUAUAAAUAUUAUGCAUUUGUUAGUAGCAUUGUGUUUUGUUUGUUUUUGUAUGUUAAACGAAGACCUUAUAUCUUGCUUGCGAUUUCUUCAACAAGUCACCAAUAAAACAUUUCUCACUCGAUUUGCAAAAUAUUAAAGCAAACUCUGCACAGAUCAGGAAGUAACUUCCUCAAUUCCCCACGAGCCUUUCUUAACUUUUUAUGGUAGUGUUUAAGUUUUUAAGUUAAGAUGCAGCUGUACUGGUAACAAGCACACUACUCCAAGCAUGCUUGUGACUUGGUUUUGGGGGUGAAAGUUUAAAGUUCACUAUUAGCAUUCUGUUGCAUAUGUGAGUUCUAUAUUUAUAUGGCAGAAUCCAGGUUACAGGCACAGCAGGGUGCGCUUUGGAUCAAAGAAUCCCACUUCAUACCAGAACAUACCAACAUGCAAAACAACACGAUUUGGGUAAUCCUGGGUGCUAAACACCAAACUGACAAAUCAGGGUAACUGUGGCAGUGCUGAGACAGAAUCGUACCCACCAUGCAUGAUCAUAUUGAAGCAAAAAAGGUGAUAUAAUAUGCUGAGAAAUGCAGGAAGGGUAGAUUUAUUAAGCAAAACUAUUUAUUAAAACAAAACAAAAAAUAAACAAAAAUACAAGUUUAAUUAAAAAUAUAGCUGUAACUUGGCCUACACUUUGCACCCAACGAGUGAUUGCAGCUUUGUCACCUUCCGAGGUCUUCGUAUGUUUUAAACUCUCCUUCGAGGGUGCAGCAGAUGUAAGUUUUACUUACCUGAUGUUAUCUCCUGCAGGAGCCGUCGUCUUCAGCUCCUGACGCUAGCGACGGCUAUGCAAAGUGACAAACCUUGACAGUGGUAACAGAGCCGCCUUGAAGUGUUGGAAAAGUUAAAUUUUUAUAAACCUGUAUUAUUCAGAAUUGUAAUGCUAUGGAGCUCGGGUGUUAUAUGCAAACACAUCACACAGCUGUCAGUUGUCUUACAGAGCUCCGUGUUGCAUACCUACAGAUCACAUGACAUAAUUGUUAUACUGCAGAGAUAUGUGAUACACUCAGAGUUCCAUAAUAUCACUGACAUCAGUGCAAAUUCAGGAAACCAUUUACUUAGCUAAAUAAAUGACACAAUCCUUGUUUUAGUUAUCUGGAAUAAAACCUGUAUAGAACCAAAGUGUCCACUGUGAUAAACACAGAUAAAGGGUUGGUCUAAAUGUACGUAGCAGGAGUCCUUCACCAAAUGUGUUCACUAUUCUUAUUAUUGAUAUUUAUUUAGCACCAACUUACUCCGCAGCGCUUUACAGUAUUAUGGAAGAGGGAAAUUUAACAAUAAGAAGGACUAUUACAAAAUGAUACAGGUACAAUUGGUAGACCAUGCUCAGAUGAGCUUACAGUCUAGAGGAGUGGAGUAUAAGGAACAAUAGGGAGCACAAUUGACAGUAGCACAGUGUGUCUGAGAAUGUCUGUGAGAGUAUAUGUGCCAUCAGUUUUGACAAUCACAACAUUAUUAUAUUUGUUUUCUGCUAUUCUUUGUUGAUCCAGUAUUUGAAAUUUGCCCAACACAAAAAAUGGAAGAUAAACCAGUGCAGUGUGACACCUACUUUAUUAACCCCUUAAGGACACACGACAUGUGUGACAUGUCAUGAUUCCCUUUUAUUCCAGAAGAUUGGUCCUUAAGGGGUUAAACAGUGCUGGAAUGUUUACAUUGAUAAAAUGGCAUUUAUUUUGUACAUGUGUGACUCUGUGGCUCGCAUGACGCCAAGACACAAGUUAUGCACAAGUGAAUCCGGAAAAGCUCCUUCCUGUCUCUAAGGAUAACAUUUCUUCCAUUAGAGUCAGGAGUGGCUAACAAGCUUUGAGUGAAUCUAGUAAUGUCUGAUGUCACUUUUCCCCAACAAAUGCCUCUAAAUCAGGCAGUAUUACUGAAUGUCAUGGAUCCCAGCAUUACUUUGUACAAUGGAAUUACUGUAUUCUCUUGUUUUAAAAAAAAUAAAAAAAAAUCUCAAUUUAUUAUUUUGAUUGCCUAUUCAUUUUGGCAUAUGUCAAACCUUAAAGGGACACUAUAGUCACCUGAACAACGUUAGCUUAAUGAAGCAGUUUUGGUGGAUAGAACAUGCCCCUGCAGCCUCACUGCUCAAUCCUCUGCCAUUUAGGAGUUAAAUCCCUUUGUUUAUGAACCCUAGUCGCACCUCCCUGCAUGUGACUUGCACAGCCUUCCAUAAAUACUUCCUGUAAAGAGAGCCCUAUUUAGGCUUUCUUUAUUGCAAGUUCUGUUUAAUUAAGAUUUUCUUAUCCCCUGCUAUGUUAAUAGCUUGCUAGACCCUGCAAGAGCCUCCUGUAUGUGAUUAAAGUUCAAUUUAGAGAUCGAGAUACAAUUAUUUAAGGUUAAUUACAUCUGUGUGAAAGUGAAACCAGUUUUAUAUUUUUUAUUCAGGCUCUGUCAAUCAUAGCCAGGGGAGGUGUGGCUAGGGCUGCAUAAACAGAAACAAAGUGAUUUUACUCCUAAAUGACAGUGAAUUGAGCAGUGAAAUUGCAGGGGGAUGAUCUAUACACUAAAACUGCUUCAUUUAGCUAAAGUAAUUUAGGUGACUAUAUUGUUCCUUUAAUAGAACAUGAAUAAGAGAGAUUUUCCAUUGACUGUUAUUUUCCUAAUAAAAGUUAAACACGCUGGCUUCCACAUACUACCAAUACAUUGACCAAUCAGAGUAAGACGAUGCAAUGUGCUAAAGAGUAUUAGUUUCAGGAAGCAGGCAGAUGUGCUAGAUAUAGAUAUUUUUUCAUAGGAGGUUUGAAACUUGUACUUUGUGAAAAUAAAGGGUUUAUUGAAAAUAAAAAUACAAUUUAAUUCUUUAAGGGUGCUGGGAUAGCUAAGACCGAUAGGAGUUGUCAUUAGAGAUCAUAUCCUCACCAUUAAGCUUCAGGAAUAUAUAAUAAUCCAUAUAAAUCCUGUUUGUUUUAAAUGUCCGUGUAUAAUUUAAAAAAUAUUUACUUUUCUGUUGGUUACACGUCCUCUUUCUUUCUUUCUUUCAGUGUUUACUGAGAGUAGCUGCUGGAAGUGUACAUAACUGGCACAUGAUUACCAUAACUCAUUCUACUUGUUUAAUUGUAAUGCUUUUCUAGUGCUCUGUGUUAGCUCACACAUUUAAUUUUACAUUUUUAUAGAUGUGGAACUCUUGAUACUCUUCCACAUCACACAUUACUGUGAUUCUUAUUGUUGAGAUUGCGCAUGGCUCACUCAGUUUUUUUUUUACCCACCAAUACACUCAUACAAACGCCACCUUACUGUGAGUUUUAUUGUUGCCGUUACAGAGGGUGCGAACUGACAGUGGCUGCCACGACCUCCUAUCACAUCUUGGCUAAUGCGUCCAGGAAUGGCCAUUAUUAGCAUGACUGCCAAUGCGCCCUUGCUCAGUGACUUGGCAGUGCUGUGUGGGUGAGAGCUUUCUCUUAUUACCCUGUGAGGGAGUCCUAAAACUGUGUUUUCUGGCUCUGUGACAUUCCAGUACCUUAUAGAGUCCAAAGGAUCAAAUACUGAAAGAGCUAGAAGGGUCUCUGCACUUUACUCCAAACUGCCCAGCAUAAACUCAUACCAGAGAAGGGGUGAGACAGUUCUCUUUGUGCAUUUUAUAGGACAGUGCAUCUGUUUAAGGAAGUGUAUGAGAAGGCUGUGAGUUUGAGAGUGUGAGUCCAAUAAGAGUGCUAGUGUACGAUAUGCAAGAUUGUAAGUGUUGUCUUUGAGUGACUGUGUUGCAAAUAAAGAUGGUGGGAGUGUCAAUGAGUUUUUGAGUGUGCGUCUCGAUAGCAUUAUUUUUUAACAUUUACAUUUUUAGAAAGUAAUAUAUAAAUGCUAGAUUAUUUGAAAAACACUAAUUACGUAAAGAGACCCUGUUGCUCACAUACGCUUAUUCUUAAAAAAAAAAAAAAAUAUAUAUAUUUCUAUGAGAGUCUGACAUAAAUGUUAUUCCUUACAUGAAUUAUUUAAAAAUUGUCAAUUUGGAGAUGUGGGGGUGACAAAACUAAUAUGUACUGCACAUCCUGUCUGUUAUAAUAGCUGAAUUGUAAAUAUUUGCAUUCAGUUUGGCUUUUUUGGGACUAAAAAUUGACAGUUCACUUUAUUUUCUUAUUUUUUUUGAAUUUGACAAUUUUUAUUUUUUGAAGAGAAAAAAUUAAGGGUGGGGAGGGUACAGAAGGAAAGAAGGGGGGUGGGGGGAAGGUUUUGCCAAAUUGACAGUUCACUUUAAAGGGAAACUAUGGUGCCAGGAAAACAAACUCGUUUUCCUGGCACUAUAGCUUCCACCACCGUCAGCUGGCAGGGGACACCUAAUGAGCAUGCACAGCAAUGACUGCGCUUGCAUUUGGAUUUCCCCAGAGGAAAGCAUUAUUUAAUCCUUUCCUAUGGGGUUUUGGGUGCAGAGCGUAAGGGCGUCCAGUGUCAGGCGACCAAAAGUCACCUAACAGCCGGAAGUCGUUCUAGUGGAUGUCUGGUAGACUGCCACUAAAGGUGGAGUUAACCCUAGCAGGUAAUUAUUGCAGAUUCUUAAAAACUGCAAUAGUUACCUGCUAAGGGACCUGGGCCAGUGCACCCAGACCAUAUCGAUGAGCUGAAGUGUUCUGGGUGCCUAUAGUAUUCCUUUAAAUUCACUAUUGGUUCCUGAAGAUUCACACUUAAAGUGAAUAGCCCUGCUUGAGUCACAUACAUUUACACUGCAUGGUACCAUGAAUCUUUUAUGGCUGUAGAGCUCUGUGAUACUCUACAUUUGUUACGUCAGAGGUUGUAUAUCAUUCUGUCUAUUUUUAGUGAUAAGUGAAUCUAUAUUAAUGCUGCUUUUCUCUCUCUCUCUUUAAGGCCCAGAAAGAAGCCUGACUGGUUCUUGUCAAAUGGAGAACUAUUUUGAAGAAGAAUCAUGCAACCUGGAUAAAGUAUUGGAUGAGUUUGAAAAGAAUGAAGGUAUGGUGCUCAAAGUGUUUGUGUAUUGUUGUUGUUAAUAUUUAAAGCUCAAAUCUAAAAGUUCAUAAUGCAUGAUUUAAGGCUCUGUGGAGAUGAAACUUCGCACUUAUUUUGGUGAGGUGGUGAACCCACAAAUAAAUUUACCUUCUAUAUCCUGGAGUGCUGCCUGUGUUUCUCUUCUUUGAAUGAGUUAAUGUCAUUAUAGAAAAUGUUUAGAAAAGACCGCAUUACAGUCCCACUUUGUCUUACGAUCUCUUUUGAUUAGAUUGGGAUAUCAGUGAAAUUCCAAAGUAGGCAAUGCGAGUUUUUCAUAAAGGUUUUUUUUUUAUUUUUUUAUUGGUAUUGCUAUUUUUAUUUAAAGGAGCAUUUAACUGAUGUUGGUGUAUAGAUCAUGCACUUGCAGUCUAACUUCUCAGUUCUUUGCCAUGUAGGAGUUAAAUCAAUUUGUUUAUGCAGCCCUAGCAAAACUUCCCCUGUCCACACUUAUCCAGUCCUGUAAAGCGAGAUCUAAUGCUUUAUUGCACAGUCUGUUUAGAGGAACACUAUAGGGUCAGGAACACAAACAUGUACCCCUGACCCUAUAUUAUUAAAACCACCAUUUAACCCCCCCCUACCCAAAGGUAAGAAAACAUAUCUUAUUUCCAGUGCUGCUUGGGUCACUGGCUGGGCCUAUCAGCAUCUCCUCAUAGAGACGCAAUGAAUCUGAUUGAAAGCUGAUUGAAAAUGAAACCUACAGAAAUUGAUUUGACUUCUAAAUGGCAGGGAAUCUGCAGGAUUUAUACACCAAAACUGCUUCAUUAAGCUAAAUUUGUUUUGGUGCUUGGAGUAUCCCUUUAAGGGGACACUCCACUGCCCAAAUACAAAAUAGAAGAAAAUAAAUCAGUGUUUAGUAGAUAUACCCAAAAUGAAAACUUACAUGCAUUUAAUUAUGCUUUUCUUAUUGACUGUAUAUCUAAAAACAGCUUGCAACAGCUGCAGAUCUCUUGUCUUCUGUCUUUGCAAACCCUCCCCUUCUUACCUCGCUCAAACCUUGUGUGACUGUCCAAUCACAGACAUAGAAGUCUUUGCAAGGCAGAUGCUCUGUGCAAUUGCUGCCUCUUGAGUUUAUCUCCACUGAGUUAACCAAACCAGGAAGUAAUUAGGUCGGAUUUCUGUUUUUAGCUGUUUAAGUUUAUAAAAGUGUCAAUUUCUUUUUAAAUCUGCACUUUUUUUUAAAAAAUGGAAAAAGGACACAUUCUUCACACACUAAGCUUUCCUGGAAGCUAAAGUGCUUUACGGGUCUGGAGUGUCCCUUUAAGUACUUUAAAGGGACACUAUAGUCACCUGAACAAGUUUAGCUUAAUGAAGCAGUUUUGGUGUAUAGAACAUGCCCCCCGCAGCCUCACUGCUCAAUCCUCUGCCAUUUAGGAGUUAAAUCCCUUUGUUUAUGAACCCUAGUCACACCUCCCUGCAUGUGACUUGCACAGCCUUCCAUAAACACUUCCUGUAAAGAGAGUCCUAUUUAGGCUUUCAUUAUUGCAAGUUCUGUUUAAUUAAGAUUUUCUUAUCCCCUGCUAUGUUAAUAGCUUGCUAGACCCUGCAAGAGCCUUCUGUAUGUGAUUAAAGUUCAAUUUAGAGAUUGAGAUACAAUUAUUUAAGGUAAAUUACAUCUGUUUGAAAGUGAAACCAGUUUUUUUUUUCAUGCAGGCUCUGUCAAUCAUAGCCAGGGGAGGUGUGGCUAGGGCUGCAUAAACAGAAACAAAGUGAUUUAACUCCUAAAUGACAGUGAAUUGAGCAGUGAAAUUGCAGGGGAAUGAUCUAUACACUAAAACGGCUUUAUUUAGCUAAAGUAAUUUAGGUGACUAUAGUGUUCCUUUAAGAUUCACAAUAAAUACAUUGCAACUAAAGUAUUUAGAACUGCCCUUCCCUUUUGAUCCUAUUCUUUAACAGCUGGUUUAUUGGUGAAUAACAAUUCAGGUAAACAUUCCAAAUAUGCCGUCUUUUUCUGUAAGUGAGGAAUCGAUUGCUACAAUUGUAAACCACUCAUUAGUCAUUUUUGUUUUCCUCUACUUAAUGCAUAAUUUAAUUUCUAGGGAUUUGAAAAUUCUGUCCCUAUUCUGCAGUUUACACCCCUUUUCCUCUCUUGAUAAGGACCUUUUCACAUUCCUUUCUCUAAAAAUAUUUUCAUAAUCUUGGUGAUCAGUUUCUGCUUUUUCAAGUAGAAAUUCCUAAAACAAAGCAGCUCCUUAACUGACUAUGUAUACCUUGGCACAAUAAUAAACCUGAUACCCAUGGUGUUUUUUCUGUCCCACAUACAAUGAACGUUCUAUCACAGGAAUCAGUGACAAAGAUAUUCUUGUGUCAUUGUUGCAACAAAGCAAACUUACCUGAUACAACUGAGAAACACCACUUUCAGCAGAGCAGUGCACCAUUUGUAUUAGUGUGUUUUGCUGAACACAAGGACUGAUGUCCAGCUAAACACAUAUAGGGAGUGUAAGCAACCCGUGUCUUUUAUGUCUCUCUUCUCACAGCUAAAUAUACUGACAUAAACAUGGACAUUUUGGUUUGUAUUUUUCCUUUUUUAAGUUUGUGUUAAUGUGAACUAUUUGCCUUUCAGAUGAGACUGUUUCUCCAAGGUUGUUGGAAGCUAAAUGGAAUCAGAUCCUAAACCCCCCUUCACACCGACUGGCUGACAACCCAGUGCUUGACAGUGUUAGCAAAUCAAUCAUUGCCAUUGAGGCUCAACUAAAAGACCGGUCAACAAACCUGUCAUCUCCUCCAAAGUCCCUAUGUGAAAAUGGAGAGAUCAUAUGUGUGGCCCAAUACAUGCCCACCAUGGUGACUGGAGACUCCAGCAUGGAAGAGAGAAAACUGAUUGAUCAAAGUGGUCAGCCUGAAAUUGUGUCAGGCACCCCUGCUGUGCACAACAGCGUGGAAUCAGACUUUGCCGAUGUUACGCAAAAUAUGGACUCUAACAAGAAUGUUCUACUGGGAGAUGGUCUGUCCCCUUGUAACAGUCCCACAAAUCAGUCUCUCAUGGACACACUGUGUUUUUCUCUAGACAAUGAGAAGCCCACUCACAAUCAGUUAGUUGGCAAAAAUAACAACCAACAACCAAAAGACUCGGAUACUCACUAUACGGCAUACAUUAAUGCCACUGCUAAUUCUGAAACCAGUACCUGUUCCACUGCACAAACACAGAAUAGUGUUAGCACAAGUACAAAAGUGGCUCUCAGUAUUGCACACAGUAUUAAAGAGUUGAAAAUAACACAGGAACCAGAAGUUGGAUCUUCAAUGUCGUCUACACAAGACUUUUCCUCAUCCAGCAUUAAUAUUCUCUGUUCAGAGAAUAACACAAAGGAAUCGUAUUUUCAGUUAGAAAAUCCAAAUCUUAUGAUCAAGGGGACUGUGGAUGAAGUUAGCAUCAAGCAGCAGGAGAAACUGUCUCUCACUUUACAUGAAGCCAAACAAUCUAAUAGCAAAUUGGAAAGGGAGCCCUUUUCUGCUGAUAUUGAACCUGUUUCAGCUGAAGAGGUUGUGCAAAACAAUUUAAUCUGUGAGAGGAAGCAUUUCACAGAACCAUGUGAGAUUAAUGGAAGCUACCACAAGACUAACAAUAUAGAGACCGAAGAAAAAAAUCACAGUUGUCCCAUCCGUGGACAACAUAAAGAAAUAGUGAAUGCUAAUGUCUUUUUAGAAGACCCUUGUAUAGAUGAAUCGGAGGUGACUUUAGUCUCGGAGGCUGUCGGAGCUGAUGUCUUGAUGUCUCUGAACAAUGGGUGUGAUUCCUAUGGAAUGCAAAACCCCUCUGUAGCUCGUAACCCAAAGAGUUUACCAUCAAAAGAAGAUUCUGUGACUGAAGAGAAAGAGAUUGAGGAGUGCAAAUCAGAAUAUUAUUCCAGUGUUUACGAACCGCAGAGAGACGAGGAGGUCAUGGAAGCCGGAGUGCUUGUGCUAAAUGCCAAUGGUGACCAAAUGAAAAACCACUUGCACAGCUUGUGCGGUCAGGGUCAACUUGUGCAUGGGCAAACCUCACCAAAAAAGACCAACAGCAUGCAACCUGUUAGUAUCCCCUUUGGUGGAGCUCGCCCCAAACAACCAACUCACUUGAAGCUGCAAAUCCCAAAGCCAUUGUCUGAAAUGUUACAGAGUGACCUAGUUCCACCUAAUGCGGGCUGCAGCUCAAAGAAUAAAAAUGACAUGUUAAACAAGUCAAAUCAAGGUGACAACCUGGCUUCAGAAGCCUUUCGUGAGGAAGCUGCACUGCGCAGCCCAGUUACUGAUAGUAAUGGUGAACUGGGAGAUUAUAGGGGCCCUUGCAGCCCGUGCCUUGCUGUGUCCGCAGACAGUCCAGACAAUGAUCUCCUUGCUGGGCAGUUUGGGAAUCCUGUCUGUAAGCCAUUUUCUACCCUAGGAGAGGUGGCUCCUGUGUGGGUCCCAGAUUCUCAGGCACCGAACUGCAUGAAGUGUGAGUCCAGGUUUACGUUUACCAAAAGGAGACACCAUUGCAGAGCAUGUGGAAAGGUACGUAGAAAGAUGGACAACUUCUUUUUCAUGGGAAUUUAUCAGGGCAAAUUGACUCAAGAAGUCUGGCAUGUAUUUUACUUUGUACUCAACCUGUCUUCUGUUUUAAUAGAAAUACUGGCUUAACUGUAAUAAUGAUGAUGAAGAAUAAAAACCCCAGAACCUAUUACUGUAGAUCAAUUUUAGAGAUGUUUUGAGCAACCUGUUACCACAGGUCAUGCCAGUUGUGUAAUCUCGUUAUCUUGGUCACCUGACCGAGGCUUGUAGGAGAUGUAUCCAGUUACAUCGUGAAAAUUACUCUAGACAAUAAUGUACAUUUUAAGUAAAAAUAUAUUUUCUAAGAUAAGAAUCUAUAUUUCUAUGUCAGGGCUGUCUCAACCCAGUUAUUAAGGACUCGUGUUUUAAAUGGCUUUGAGGAUUUAUGCGUUCCGCAUUGAAAAUAAAUGUGUGCAUGUGUUAUAGCAUCUCUGUGUAUUUUUUUUUAAUUAAAUACUUCUCUUCAGUUCAUUCCCUGAUUUAUCUUUGCUCCAUGGGAGAUACCAUCAUUAAGUCCUCUUUGGUGAGAAGAACCAUUUGUGCUCCAAAACUAUGCUUUAUUGAAACUGUUAAAAUGUAUCCAGAGCAUACUUUCCAGAUGUCCAGUAUAUGCACAUGAUGCUAGAAUUAAAAAAAUAUAGGUAGCUCUUGAGUACCUCCAUGGGCUUUAGUCAGUUAAGUGGUGCUUCGGACAAAAGAGAUGGUCAAUAUGGCUUCGACAAUCCAGAGCAUGUUUGAAAUUAAGUAUUUACUUAAAUGUCCAAAUUACUAAUUUAUUCAUAUAGAGGCAAUACAUUUUUUUUUUUUUUUUAAUUAGGACAUUUUUCCAUUAAGGCAAGUCUACCAUCUUUCCAAAUUUGAUGUUACUGGAGACUUCUGACAUAAUUUUAAAGGGUUACUCCACACAUCAUGACUACUAUUUGAUAUGAAGUGGUCAUGGUGCCUAGAGUAUAGAAAAUUAAAUAUAUUAUAAAUAACAAUAUUGUUCCUGGAUUUAGUUGUAAUAAGAAAACAACCUCUGACUUUUCUUGUUUAAAUGCGUAUUGAUGGCAAAACUCUGAGUACUCGUGAUUAAAUCUUCAGCUCAAACGAAUACAUAAUGUUAUUUUACUCGUCCAGGGAAUAGCAAGCAUCUUAUUAGGCUGGACAUUAUACUAUUCAUACAAUUUCCAAAAAUGUACAGAGUAAACUACUAGUCAAAGACAAUGAAAAAGAAUGAUUCUAGAAUACUUCCUAAAAGAAGGCGGCCAUAUUGGAAUCUUUAACCAAUGACAACAACUUAUAUACAGUAAGUGGCAGAAAUCAUGUCAAUCAGAAUCAGUGACUUGUUGAGUAGCACUCUGUCUUCAUCCUUUGUAGGAAAUCUGAAAAAAAAGGUGCCGAUUUGUAAGGUAAAAGUUAGCUAAAACCUUUUAUUUUUUAAAUUUUUUUCUUCAUCUGUUCACAUUAGAUGAUACAUCUGCAAUUUCUGAUGACCGUGUCACUUUAACUUAAUUAUAACCAUUUAGGCUGCAGAAAAUCACCUUUUCAUUGUUGUCUGAAAAUGAUUCAAAGUGAUUAAAAAAUGCGCUGUCGUAAUUAAAAACCCCCUCUUGCCUGCUCUAGACCAGUGAUGACAUUGUCCUUGCACAUAUUUGCAGGCUACAUGUUCCAUAAUACUUAGGAUACCUAAAACUAACACAGUCUUCAGCUCUCUGCAUUUCUAAGGUAACCAAUCGGUGGACUACACUUGAGCCCACUGUCCGAAUUCCACCCCCUCCCCCUCUUCAAAAUAGCCAAAAAUAUUGCGCAAUGAGUGACAAAUCUAAUGCAGUCUGUUUAUAGCUUGUAGAGAAAAAAUAUCGUCUUGUUGCGCUGGUCACAACUUGUAAAUUAAAGUGGAAAAAAAGGUUCUGUGUAUGAUAAUUGUGCUUAUGGUUAAUUUUAUACAAAAAAUAAAGCAAUGAAAAUAAAUGUAUUAAGUGGGGAUCCUACCAGCAGUGCAUGUAGUGGAGCGCUAUACAAUAUUUACAAGAUGUAAUACACUUACCCUUAUACAGUAAGGGGUAUCUUGUAUAAUCAGGACUGUAAUAAACAGAAAGAGACACUAUGGUGCAAUAAGGUCUUAUAUAAAAAAUGUGGCAGGACAAUAGAUAAUGAUUCACUCACAAAUGUAGAGCCAAACAGGAUAGGCUCAAGUCACUCUCACAGUUGUGUUCUAUGGUGACACUGGCCCUCUUCAGACUUUAUGAUGAACACACUCAAGAGGGAAGACGGUAAAACACAGGGAAGCCACAGCUUCUAGUGAAGUACGUAGCAUAAAAGGGACUUGUGCACAAACUAUAAAUAAACUGCUCACUUUCUUAAGUAGCCUCAAACCUUGGCUCCAAGUAACACAGCGCUCUCCAUAGAAAAACAUUGAAAAUGCUUUCCUAUGGGGAAUUGAGCGAUGCUGGAGAUCCUCACACAGUGUGAGGACGUCCAGCGACGCUCUAGCACAGAAAACAUGUGCUAUGAAUCAGUCUAGUAGACAGCCACUAGAGGAGGAGUUAACCCUGCAAUGUAAUUAUUGCAGUUUAUGAAAGUUGGCACCCAGACCACUCCAAUGGGCAGAAGUGGUCUGGGUGCCUGGAGUGUCCCUUUAAGAUCUGAUUAAAAAUGAUAUAAACUUUUGAUGCAGGGGAGGCUAGGCUAUCGCUACAUAAAACAAAACCAAAAUUAAUAUUCCUGCCAUAUAAUAGAUAAUGUGUGACACUGCAGGGGCAUGUUAAAAAUCUUAGUUUGUCCCCUUAAUUAUAUGUGUUGUUUUUAUAAAAGUAAUGUGUAUAUAACCUGUACAAAUAUCCAUCUUCCCCAGGUGUUCUGUGCUGCCUGCUGUAGCCUCAAAUGCAAACUCCUUUACAUGGAUAAGAAGGAAGCCCGUGUAUGUGUCACCUGUCAUUCUGUACUCAUCAAUGGUAAGUGUGAAACACGUCUGUGGCAUAAAUCCAUGCUGUGUAUCCGUGCCGUUGGCUUAUGGAAGGCAGCGUUUGCAUCUGGCUAAUCUCACAAAGCCUACAACUGAACCAAGCAUCAUAUCUUUUACUGGAAUCAGAACAUUACUUUUCUAAAUGAAAACAUGUUUUUAUUACAGCAGCAAUUAAGCAUUUUAUUUACUAAUCUUGAAAGACAUCGGAAAAUGAAAAAAGAAAAUGUUUUUUGUAGAUUUUAUCCUACAAAGCAUUUACAUUACCACCCAAAACCUAAAGCAUCCAACCAACCCAAAUCUUAAUUAUAGUGCAGAAAUGUUUUGAGGGACUAGUUCAUUUCAGUAUCUAUUUCAAAUAUAAUUUAUCCCUUUUCUAAAAUGCUUGAAAUAAGGAUUGAUCUGUAAUUUUAAUAAAUCCGUCUUAUCCCAAACAAUGUAAUAUGUUCUGUGUCAAGUGGACAGAACGUUAUUUGUCUCCUGGUUUAUUUUUGUUAGGACCUCCCAGAGUUGUUUCCCAUCUUUAUAUGAAUGGGUAUUCAUGGGAGCAUCUCUACAGGAAACACUAAAUCACAUUUUUAGGACGGUGUUUGCCAAGGACCUUUUAAGAUGCUAUCAUUGAAAAGCUCCUCGUGUAUACAGUGGUAUUCAUUAAGACCUUAUGACUGGAUUACUUAGAAGCCAUCAAUGUAUUUUAGUGAAUCUGUGACCUGGAGUGGUGUGCUGGAUGGCCUUAAUUAUAUGGUACAUCCUUUGUUUGAUGAUGGCCAUUUUUAGUGUAGGACUCCCAAGCAUUAAUGUAUUAGUGUGCUCCAAAAUUAAUUGACCCCCUAUCUCUAAACAGUACAGAAAGCACCAACUAUAAUAUAUUAUUUGAAAAUUCCUUAUUGAUUUAGCUGUAGUUAUGGAAUUGUGAGUUUUGGAGCUGCCAGUUGUUUAAUCAUGUUUGGCCGUUCUCAUUGAGAAGAGUGAGCUCCCCCCCCAUAACUCUUUGUGUACCCCAGAUUUUAGUAGUUCUUCUUAUUUCACCAAUCUUGUAUUUUUUCAGGGUUUUAAUUUUUUACAUUUAUUUCUGAUGUCCACUUCUUGUUGCCCUGAUUUGUAAAAUCAAGAAAGCAUGGAGCCUUUAUUUUGUGAUCUACAGGAUAUUCUUUUCAAAUAACACAUUCUUGUGUUAUCAACAGAUUCUGUGUUGAUAUAAGCCCCAGUAUUUCACCAUUGUUUUCAUGGAGUCAUUUUAAAGGUUACUAUUGAGUGGCAGUCUUGGCCGGUUGGUGGAUUGUGGUAAAAAAAAGGUGUAUUUUUUGUGUUUGUUCUCUAAUCUUAUAAAAUAAUCCCAAGGACCAAGGUGAAGAUAUGUCAUCUACUAGUCUAGCUCGAGAUUCCUGAUUGUUCAUAGCAUUACUGAUAACUUUUAUUUAUUUAUUGUAUUUUAAUAUGCAGAACACCUUGGGUUCAGAUAUUUACGUUGCAAACCAGUAUGGGAGUGUCACGGCCCACAGAAUCAUAUGGAAAGGGUUCUGUUUGAUUUCUUAAGUUCUGUUGCUUCCAACAUGGCACCAAGUAUUUGUUUUAAAAAGCCUUUAACGGAAACUAUGUUUAAACCAUUUAAUGACGCAUCACUACUUCUCUCGAUUUUUAUCCUUCUGUUAACAUGCUGACCUUGGAAUACAAGGUCCAUCCCCCCUCCCCUCUCGUUUAACCAACCAUUUAUUGUUUUUUGUAUUUUUCCUCCCUAUUUUUCCCCCUUUCUUUUCUAACAGGACAAGGGCAUUUGAAAGUGGUCCCAGAUUUUAUGCCAAAGGUAGUCCCACAUGACAGCAGUAAAAACCUGGAGCCAGUUAGGCAUGGUGAGAUGUCUAAAAUUCUUAUUUAGGGCCACAAAUAACUUUAAGAAGAGAGAUUGUUUGUUGUUAUGCAGGAUACAAGCCAUGUAUUGGCAGAUUCAUGGUGGAGCUGAGAUAGUGGUCACCCUCCUUUUUUUACAUUUAUUUAUUUUAUUUUGGUUAAAGUAAAAAAACAAACUCUUGAUGCAACAUAUCAUAAUUCACCAUAGUCCAGAAUCACCCUUGUUGUUUCACCAACUGCAGGACCUCAUCCUCCAUGAUAACUUACAAGCAUGGGAUACUUUGAAUGGAAUCUAAACACAUACUGUUGCCCUGUGCAUUACAGCUUAAAAGCCAGUUGCUAUACUUCUUUAAACUCUACGAAGGGUAAACAAAACAAACAAAAAGACAAUGGCCAAUAAGCAAUUUACCUCCACUUAAUACCCUAUGUUAAACAUUUAGCGUUCUAUUGUUAUGUCUGCAAAAUCUAUAUUAGAGGGAAGGUUUAGGUAUAAGACACAGUAUCUUUUACAUCCUUUAUGUAUGUUAUGCAGUGAUAAACAGAGAGGCUUGAAGUGACAUGUCCACAGGAUGUAAUAUUACAUGAGAAUAGACAGAUGUAUAAUAGGACAUUAGUGCGAAGUCUGCAUUUUUUUUUUUUUUUAAAGGGUAGGAAUUAAACUCAAAUGCUCAGUGCAAAUUGUAACAAGAGGGGUCAUGACAACACAAAGCAUGACACAUGCACUGGAAUUAAUGAUGAAACAAUAAUAAAACAUUGUGAAAGCCAGGCACACUCAAUACCAAAGAAUAAAUAUAUUCUGAUGAGGCUAGGCACUCAAUACAUUGGGCAGAAUUGUAAGUACAAAAGGUAAUAUAAACAUGAAGAGUACAGGCUGGGUAUUGAGUGAUACUGGAACAAACUCAUUUUCCUGGCACUAUAGGGUAUUUAGGUCCCCCCACCCUCAGGGUCCCACUCCCGCUGGGCUGAAGGGGUUAAAACCCCUUCAGCCACUUACCUUUCUCCAGCGCCAGGCUCCCUCGGCGCUGGGGAACUCUCCUCCCUCUGCCGAUGUCAGCGCCGAAUGCACGGCAAGAGCCGGGCGCAUUCAAACCGCCCAUAGGAAAGCAUUUCUCAACGCUUUCCUAUGGAUGUUCAGCGUCUUCUCACUGUGACUUGAAUGAAACCUCUUGAACGUUCUCUGCUCUACAAAGCAUCAGCGGUUCAUCUGACGCCGACAGGUCACAAUCGAAAGGACAGCUCCUCGCCAGGACUGUUCUGAUUCUGAUGAGUGUCAAUCUGCAUGAAGUGGAUUAGAUCGCCUUGCCAUUUGGCCACGUAGCUGCGGCUCUGGGGCUUGUAGGGUGCUUGUGCCCCAUGUCCAUGGAUUCUUUGUCUCCGGGCUGCAGGGUCUUGUGCCACCAGUGUUCCCCUGACUCGGGUACCUUUAUAGGUAUAUGGUCGGCAGUCUAUGCGUUGCUCAAGGCGGGCCCCUUGACCAAAAGAGGAACAGGUGAUGGGAUCAGGUGUUAUAGUUGUUGGUGUAGUAGAAAAGGUAAGUACCUUGGUUUGGUUGCUGAUUCGAUGCCAGAAGGCCUGGCAGAUAGUGUGGAACCGGGCAUCAAAUGAGUCUCUCCACUGUUGACCCACAAUGCCUGCUCUGCAAGGCUGAAACUCCACCUGGUCACACCACCUGGUUUAUUUAGGGAUCUGUUGUGUAGGGUCCCACCUCUGAAUCUGUGUUCCCCAGUGGGGACCGGGAUAUCCCCACCGGUCCAAAGGGGGGAGGGUGGUAACGGGGCUGCCGGAGAACUGCCACAGCGGCCGCUCUUCUCGCCGUCAAGCGCUUAACUUGGUAUACCGAUGGUCAAGAUAAGGUAUGAUGUCCGCUGUGCAGUUCAGAGCAGGCUUUAACAAUCACCCGUGACCCUAGUACACCCUCCAGGUCGUUUCCAAACGGUUAGAUGCAGCUUUAAGUCAAUUUUUGUUCCCAGAUGCCAGAGCAGCUAGCAGUUGUGUCUGGCCAUCUUGGGAGUCAGGCUGGCAGAGGCAGUUUUCUGGCUAGGUCAGGCAAUUUUCAUCCACCUGCCAUUUCUUCCCCAGGUAAAGGAUGCACAUGCACCCGGCAAUUCCUCUGAUCUAAAAUAAAACUCACUUCAUCAGACCGGGCAAACUUCUUCCAUUACUCUGUAGUCCAGUUCUGACCCUCAGGUCCCCUAUUAGAAGGCACUUUCAGCGGUUGAAAAAGGUCAUCAUGGUCACUUUGACUGGUCAGCGGUUACACAGCCCCAUACGCAGCAAACUGCGAUGCACUGUGUGUUCUAAUACCCCUCUAUCAUGGCCAGCAUUAUGUUUUUCAGCCGUUUAAGCUACUAUUGCUCUUCUGUGUAAUAAGACUAGGCAGGCUAGUCUUCGCUACCCACAUGCAUCAAUGAGCCUUGGGCACAAUGACCCUGACGCCGGUCCACCACUUGUCCUUCUUUGCACCUCUUUUGGUAGGUACUAAUCACAGCAUACCGGGAACAUCUCACAAGACUUGCCAUUUUGGAGAUGCGCUAACCCAGUCGUCUAGCCAUCACUAUUUGGCCCUUGUAAAGCCACCCAGACCUUGUGCUCCAACUUAUGAAAUUCAAGAACUGACUGUUCACUUGCUGCCUUAUCUAUAUCCCACCCAUUGGCAGGUGCCAUUGUAACAAUAUAAUCAAUGCUAUUCACUUCACCUGUCAGUGGUUUUAAUGUUGUGGCUGAUCAGUGUGUACUUUGCUGAUGUGCAGAAUUUUUUAGGCUAAACAGGUGGAAAAUAUGAAGUUUACUAUGAAUUCCUGACAAAUAAAUUGAGUUUGCACGUUGUGACCAAAUAAUAUGAAAUGCCCUUGUUUAAUUCUCCAUAAUUUUGAUGUUCUAAACAAGCCCUUAAAUUCAAAUUCAUGCACUGUUCGAGCCUCUAUAGCACUUAUAGGCUACAAUUUACUUGGUGCUCCAGCAUAUCUCUGUCUCAUACAAAUAAAUUACAAGUCUAGGAUUUAAUUAAAAGCUAAAAUAUUGAGGUAAAAAAAGUCCAUUCUCUGGUCAUAUAUGUAAAAGUCACUUUUUCAAUAAUAGAGUUUUACUCUUUGCAUGCUUUUUGUUUUUUUAACACAUUAUUUUGAAGAUUAUUGAAACGUAUGGUAAAACCCCCAAACCCCAGCAAUAAGGAAGCUAUGCAAGUAGAUACAGGUACAUCAUUUUGAAAUCUAUUGCCUGAAGGCACAAUACAGUUAUCUUAGAAGAAAAGGAAGGUGUCAGCAGAGAUAACCCUCCUCCCCCUUAGGAAAUUGUUCUGCAAUUGAGCUAUGUAAAAUAUUUAUUUAGGAAUUUGCCCAUACAAACCUGCGUAAUUAUUCUCCAUGUAUGUGUUUCAGCGCAAGCUUGGGAAAACAUGCUAAGUGCGUCCAUUCAGAACCCAAACCCCAACAAUCCCUCUGAAUACUGCUCCACCAUCCCACCCAUGCAGCAAGCACAGGCCUCUGGUGCCCUCAGCUCACCCCCUCCAACGGUCAUGGUACCUGUGGGAGUGUUAAAGCACCCAGGAGCCGAAGGUAAGGAAAGCCAUUCAUAAAUUGACAUUGAAAGCACAUUUCCAUGGUUGACUUUGGUAUGAAGGGGUUAAUGUGGCUCUGUAGAGAGUAGUAAACAAGGGGCAGGAAAUACUCCUACAGAGUGUGGUUUCCAGCAUGGGGAUUUGAUGACUGACUUCCUGCUCUGUUUGCAAGGAAAGGGUUAAAUUCCAAUCAUUCAAUUCAUGCUUCACCCUUAGGUGUGUCUCUCUGACUUCCUGAUACAGGGCUUUUCUCUUCUAAGACCAUUCUGCUUGGUUAGCAUAUAUUGUUGGUUUCCAGAGCGAAUUUUGUGUAACACAAAAUUAAACCACAAAAGCAUAUGUGAGCACGAUUCCUAAUUGAUCUGCACUGUUUACAUAUAUGUAAGGAUGCCAGCCAAUAUAGCAAUUGCAUAUGUUCCAUUUUAUUAGCUUUAAAAAACAAUAAAUGAAAGAGGGGGCUUUGGGGACUUGGGGGAGGUGGGCGACACAUUUUAAAACAAGUGGCUAUUUGGGAAUAGAAUUAAUUCUACUGAUAAACUGCUGAUGCCAAUGGACCCUGCCGGAUCAUCGGAUUCAAUGGUUUAUAUAAAUGGUUUAUAUAAAUGGUCUUUUAAUCUUAGAUACACGUUUAUGUUAUGGAGAGAAUAUAUGAAAACAGAGAAAAGGUAGCGCUCUCUGUACAAAAAUAGCAGGUAUCACACUCCUGCAGCAACAUGCUUUUCUAAAUUCAUUAAUUGUUGCUCCCACCUUAGGAUCACUUAGAAAGACAGUCAGUGUACCAGUAUUUCAUAAUAAAUAGCGACGUUAAAGCACAUUCACCACUGCUCGUUCUGAUUGCAAGAUUUCUAAUGAAGAUUGCAAUUAGAGGUUAAAGGAUCACUAUAGGAUCAGGAACACAAACGUGUAUUCCUGACCCUAUAGUGUUAAAACCACCAUCUAGCCCCCCUGGGCCCCUCAUGCCUCCAUAAAUAUAGUAAAAAAAUCUUACUCUUAUUCAAGCCUGAAGCUGUAACUCUGUAUGCUGUUUGUCUCAAAAAAACAAGCAGUCUGCUGUCAUCAUCAGAAGUGGUAGCCUGAUCCAAUCACAGUGCUUCACCAUAGGACUGGCUGAGACUGACCAGGGGACAGAUCAGGGGCAGAGCCAGCAUGAUUCAAACACAGGCCAAUCAGCAUCUUCUCAUAGAGAUGGAUUGAAUCAAUGAAUCUCUAUGAGGAAAGUUCAGUGUCUGCAUGCAGAGGGAGGAGAUACUGAAUGUUUGGAUGUAUUUUAGGCAGCCAUGACCCAGGAAGGAUCUGUAACAGCCAUCUGAGGAGUGGCCAGUGAAGUUAUCACUAGGCUGUAAUGUAAACACUGCUUUUUCUCUGAAAAGACAGUGUUUACAGCAAAAAGCCUGACGGUAAUGAUUCUACACACCAGAACAAAUUUAAUAAGCUGUAGUUGUUCUGGUGACUAUAGUGUCCCUUUAACACUUUACUUAGUCUACCUCAAUACAAAAAGAAUGCAGCCCGAUCCUCCUUCUCCUACAGAGCGCCGCAAUUGUGGAACGACCUCCUGCACACUUUAAAAUCUUCCCCAAGCUUAACGUCCUUUAAGAGAUCCCUCUCUACAUACCUCAAAACAGAAUGCACCUGCCAUGGUUGAUUAUAUAUUUCCUACUUGUUCUAUGUUACAUUUUGUAUAUAUUGUGUAUUAAUAUUGUUUUUGUAUUUCAUUGUACCAUAAUGUAUCAUUUUGUGGACCCAGGACAUACUUGAAAACGAGAGAAAUCUCAAUGUAUCUUUCCUGGUAAAAUAUUUUAUAAAUAAUGGUGCUGAUGUGGCUAUUUAUUAUGUAUAAUAUGUUAUGGAGAGGUAUUCUGAUAAUGAUGAAAAUAUAAAUAAGAUGAGGUUUAAAUCUGUACGUUUGUUACUUCUUAUAGUGUCUCAGUCCAGGGAGCAGCGUAGGGUAUGGUUUGCCGAUGGAAUCUUGCCAAACGGAGAAGCUGCUGAUGCGGAGAAAGCCACGGGAUCCCCAGCAGUAGGGACCUUAACGGUAGCCCAUGACGCCAACAAGUCUACACCUAGUAACUCUCCACCUUCUGAGGUAAUAUGGAGGAAUUUGUAGUCCGAUCUCCCAAAAACAUAAUCAUAUUAUUUGUAUAUCUAACUGUAACCAUAUAUCCUUCAUUGCUGAGCACAAAAACGUUACUACUGCUAUCCCACCCCCUCCCCCCAUCGCCCCUAGCAACACCGGCUGGGUGGAAAUAGCUGGGGAGUGCGCCACUUUACCCCCAUGUGACCCAUGUAAUUCUCUGUGUUGCCAGCUUACAAUUGGCUUUUAUUUAAAAACUGUCAUGUAUGAUGCUUGACAGGCAAAUUGGCAACGUAGCUGCAGAAGUUGUUAGUUUGGGCGAAACAUUUGUUGAAUAUUUUGUGAGAUGCCCGUCGUGUGUUGCGUGAUAAAUGUUGCUCCUGAUGGAAAAUGAUGGCGUGUAAAAUUAUCUCAUUUAGAUAUUCCGGGAUAUUCACAAGAAUGUGUGAAAUGCUGAUAAUUCAUUCAGAAUUUUAGGCCAUAUAUAUUUUCAAGUCCGCUUUGUUUUCAGUUCUCUUAUUUUGGCAUAAAUUUGAAAUAAACCUGGGAUUCUCAGCAGUUCAUGCAAUAGUCAGCAUCCCAGUCAUAAUUUGUCCACUGUAAAAUUCCAUUUCUCUGUACGUUAUUUUACCAUGUAACCAAACUGCUGUAUGUAAAGAGGAUGUCGUGUGCCCAUGUGUUAUCUGUAAGCGAGCCUUAUUUGGUUUUGCGAGGGAGGGAAUAAGAAUUGUAAGAAAACAAUGUUUUUACCUGAUUACUGAUGCAAACUGUCUGAAGGUUCUAAGUAACAGGAUAUGGAGAGCCUGAAGACUGACCCUCUCUGUACUGUUUGCUUUUUGAUUUGUUUUUUCAUUUUGUUCACUGAUUUUUCAGGGUGAGAGCACCUCUGGAUUCUGCGGCAGCAUAACUCAGGUUGGAAGUGCAAUGAACCUUAUACCAGAGGAUGGUCUUCCCCCUAUCUUGAUCUCCACAGGUGUGAAAGGAGGUGUGUUGGCUAAAUAAUCGUAUCCUAAAGAAUUGCACCUGUCAUGCUCCGGAUAAACCAUGGAUUUUCAAAUUGAAAGUUUCCAUGAUGACAAAAUAUUACCAGUUUGGCAAACCUUCCUAACCUGAUUAAAGAGAUCUGAAACAAUUUAAUGGUUGGGAGAACAAGUAUGAUGUCCUGCAUCUGUUAUUUCCCUUUAUUCUUCCUCUUUCUGUAUUGUCAAAUCUGUGUUUCCCUCUUUCAACCUUCUCUAUCUAUACAUCACACACACAAGUUGAUCUAACAAUCAACUGGGGUUUGGCAGUUUGGGCUUCUUACAUUUUUGUCUGAUUGUUUGUUAAUCGGUUUCCCAUUGCUUCUUUCUUAGAAUGUGCUGACUCUCUCGUCAUGGAUGGAGACAGAGAAUAAUGACACACAAUAUUUGUCUGCUCUUUCCCCAGAUUAUGCAGUGGAGGAACAUCCCUCCCAGAUGUCAGUCAUGCAGCAGUUGGAAGAUGGGGGUCCUGAUCCACUCGUGUUUGUCCUUAAUGCAAAUCUUUUGGCAAUGGUGAAGAUUGUCAACUGUACGUGUCACAGUGUGCUGUGUGAGCCAGGCCUCUGUGUGAGGUCUACAGGGAGACACAGUGCGCUGUGUGAGCCAGGCCUCUGUGUGAGGUCUACAGAGAGACACAGUGCGCUGUGUGAGCCAGGCCUCUGUGUGAGGUCUGCAGGGAGACACAGUGCGCUGUGUGAGCCAGGCCUCUGUGUGAGGUCUACAGAGAGACACAGUGCGCUGUGUGAGCCAGGCCUCUGUGUGAGGUCUACAGGGAGACACAGUGUGCUGUGUGAUCCAGGCCUCUGUGUGAGGUCUACAGGGAGACACAGUGCACUGUGUGAGCCAGGCCUCUGUGUGAGGUCUACAGGGAGACGCUGUGUGAGGUCUACAGGGAGACACUGUGCGCUGUGUGAGCCAGGCCUCUGUGUGAGGUCUACAGAGAGACACAGUGCGCUGUGUGAGCCAGGCCUCUGUGUGAGAUCUACAGGGAGACACAGUGUGCUGUGUGAGAUCUACAGGGAGACACAGUGUGCUGUGUGAGGUCUACAGGGAGACACAGUGUGCUGUGUGAGCCAGGCCUCUGUGUGAGGUCUACAGGGAGACACAGUGCGCUGUGUGAGCCAGGCCUCUGUGUGAGGUCUACAGGGAGACACUGUGUGCUGUGUGAGGUCUACAGGGAGACACUGUGCGCUGUGUGAGCCAGACUUCUGUGUGAGGUCUACAGAGAGACACAGUGCGCUGUGUGAGCCAGGCCUCUGUGUGAGGUCUACAGGGAGACACAGUGUGCUGUGUGAGGUCUACAUGGAGACACAGUGUGCUGUGUGAGGUCUACAUGGAGACACAGUGUGCUGUGUGAGGUCUACAUGGAGACACAGUGUGCUGUGUGAGGUCUACAUGGAGACACAGUGUGCUGUGUGAGGUCUACAUGGAGACACAGUGUGCUGUGUGAGGUCUACAUGGAGACACAGUGUGCUGUGUGAGGUCUACAUGGAGACACAGUGUGCUGUGUGAGGUCUACAUGGAGACACAGUGUGCUGUGUGAGGUCUACAGGGAGACACAGUGUGCUGUGUGAGCCAGGCCUCUGUGUGAGGUCUACAGGGAGACACUGUGCGCUGUGUGAGCCAGGCCUCUGUGUGAGGUCUACAGGGUUUUUGCCUAGGUUAGGGGUUUCUUAAAAAACAUUACAUUCUGUGAGGUUUGAAAUUACUACUUAGUGAACGAGUGAGUGUGCUGGAUCUUGUAUAAUAUCACAAUUGUAAACAAAAUGAUUCAAUCCCCAUUGAAAAUCAGGUUUAUUGGCAAAAUUUACAGACUUUCAGCUUUUAAAACUGUAGCAUUUGUUAUAAGUAGCAUUUUCAGUUGAAUUGGGGAAACCACUUAAAGGACUACUCUAGGCACCCAGACCACUUCAGCUUAAUGAAGUGGUCUGGGUACCAGGUCCCUCUAGGAUUAACCCCCUUUUUUAUAAACAUAGCAGUUUCAGAGAAACUGCUAUGUUUAUAAAUGGGUUAAUCCAGCCUCCAAAUCCUCUAGUGGCUGUCUCAUUGACAGCUGCUAGAGGCGCUUGCGUGCUUCUCACUGUGAAAAUCACAGUGAGAACAUGCAAGCGUCCAUAGGAAAGCAUUGUAAAUGCUUUCCAAUGAGACCGGCUGAAUGCGCGUGAAGCUCUUGCCGCUCAUGCGCAUUCAGCCGAAAGGGAGGAUCAGAGGCGGAGAGGAGGAGGAGAGCUACCCGGCGCUGGAGAAAGAGGUAAGUUUAUCCCCUUCCUCCCCCUAGAGCCCGGCGGGAGGGGGACCCUGAGGGUGGGGGCACCCUCUGGGCACUAUAGUGCCAGGAAAACAAGUAUGUUUUCCUGGCACUAUAGUGGUCCUUUAAAGAAUUUGUUGUGUUGAGCUAUUUCAAUUGCUUUUGUGUGAUUUGUUCAUUGCAAACAGCUGAAAGUAAAGUAAACCUGAUAUACAAUGGGGGUUAAAUAAUACGCGAUAAAUUUUAACUAGUGUGAGGAAAAUUCUCCCCUGUUGUGCUCCAAGGACCCUCUGCUUUUUGCAUUUCAGUAAUAAUAGGAAAACUAUCCAAAAAUGCGUUUUUUGUAAAAAGAAAUAAUAAAUGUUAUUGCGUAUAAUUCAUUGUUACAAAGAAUUCAGACAAAUCUUUCCUGGUCUCUUGUUGUACAAAACUUUUGUAGACUAGAAUUCUCAAUCUGACUGAGCUAACCGCUGGUUGAGGUUGAUUGGAUUUAUAUUUUUCAUACCCGGUUUAGCAAGUGGUUGCUUUACUAUCCCAUUACAUCAGAUAUAUAUAUAUUCCCUCCCACCAACCUUAAUUAGAAUGUCACUGAGCAUGAUAGGAGUUAUAGUCCAUUAGGGGCAUGCAAAUUCUAGUUCUUCUUCCUCUGACCUUUGCACCUUGGAAGAACAGUGGUCAAAAAACAGUAUUAAAGUGGUUUGGUGCAUAGAGUGACUCUUUGAAAAGUCGAUGUCUGAAGUAGCUUCGUGUGCAACUAACCCACUUCCAAACGAUGUUUUUUUUUACAUUUACUAAACCAAGAUUCCUUUUGAUUCAUGGCAUUUGAUUAAUAUAUUUUUUUCUAUUUGCUUGCAAUAUGUUUGUUUCUACUUUUUGAGGCAGCAUGUUGUGUCUGUUUACUGAAUAAAGUGUUGGCUUACCAUAAAGCUCCAUAAAUACUAUUUGUACGUAUUAACCUUUGCAUGACUUCAGCAAAAGUACUCUGGAAGGUGUAAUCAUCCAGUAAAAGAAAUAGUUACAGGGGAGCAGCCAGAUACAUUUUAAUAUAAGCGACAGAAUUCAGGGAGACGAGGAACAGGGAAGCUACUUGUCCAUAAAUGACCCCAUAGGAAGUACGAAUACUUAUAGUGCGUCUCUCUUCAAAUCACGUUUUGGUAUAGCUAUAUUCCCAGCCUAAAAUGAGCUAGUCGUGUAGUGACUUAAUAAUUAACUUUCAUAUGUCUGUACAGUUUAUAAUAUUCCUUUAUAUGCCUGAUCUGACAUCAUAUGGCGUGUUAUUAUAUCUCUCUGAUAUGUAACUGUAGUCAGUGUGUUCACCCUAUAAGACUGGUAGCUGAGCUGUGUUUUCAACCCAUCGUGUAGGUUGUGACUAGACACUUGACAUACUUUUAUUAAUUCCUGAUAGAUUCUGUAUUUCUUGUAUCCUGUAGAUGUUAACAGGAAGUGCUGGUGUUUCACCACCAAGGGGAUGCAUGCUGUGGGCCAGGCUGAAAUCGUCAUCUUGCUGCAGUGCCUACCCGAUGAGAAAUGCAUGCCCAGGGAUCUAUUCUGUCACUUUGUGGAACUUUAUCGAGAAGGCCUAGCAGGUAUGUGAACGACGAUCCAGCAGCUGAGGUGGGGGAUGGCAUGAUAACUGUGAAGUACUAUUUUUUAGCUAUCAUAACAUGUUCUGCUAGAUGCAACUUUGAUUUGUAGUUUAGUAGUUCUGUAAUUGUACUAAAAGUGGGGAUUGUGUUAAUAUCCUUUUUGUUUUGCAUUAAUAUGCACUCAGUUAAUUGUAAUGUGUGCAUGAAUCUUAUCUAACAUUAGGGAAUGUGGUGGGCAACCUGGGCCACUCAUUCUUGAGCCAGAAUUUCCUGGGCAGCAAGGAACAUGGCGGAUUCUUGUAUGUCACCCCCACCUACCAGUCCCUCCAGGACCUGGUUCUACCGGCCCAGCCGUACCUGUUUGGAAUUCUUAUUCAGAAGUGGGAGACCCCGUGGGCUAAAGUGUUUCCGAUCCGGCUCAUGCUGCGCUUAGGAGCAGAAUAUCGAUGUGAGUAUAAUAGAUCCUAUUUCAAGGAUGUUCCGUCUGUAUUUCCUUAUUUUGGCGCUUGUGAUGAAUAGGUUUAAAUGUAUUACUUUUUUUUUUUUUUUAAAGUAUAUCCAUGUCCGCUGUUCAGUGUCCGUUUCAGAAAACCUUUGUUUGGGGAGACCGGCCAUACCAUCAUUAAUGUUCUAGCGGUAAGUGUCAGCUUGUUGAAGCACAUUGAUCUAAUUCGUAAAUCCAAUUCUACAUUAACCUUUAAGUAAUAUGAAUACUAACAGAGUUAUUACUAGAGUAAGAAGGCAAAGUGAACUUAAAGUGAAUUUCAAAUUUUGAGCCAGAAUAAAAUUUAGAUCGGCUACUUUGACCUUAAAUUUGAAAUUCUCUUUGAAUUAUCACAUGACUGAAUAACCCUGCACUAUUCAUGUUAUCCGCUUUAUGCACGCACAUAUUGUCACUAAGAUAUAAUGACCACUCAUACCUUCUCCUUGUUUAUUUUCCGGACCUACCCCAUGGAAAUAAGACAAUUUCUUUGAUUAGAGACACAUUUAUUACCUGUUUGUUAUUUAUUUAUUUUUUAUACUUUGGUUGCAUAAGCUUUUCCUUCCAAUUCUUAUUUCUUUGUUGCUUCCUGAUUCACUAGGAUUUCCGAAACUACCAGUACACCCUGCCUGUGGUCCAGGGCUUGGUGGUGGAUAUGGAAGUUCGAAAAACCAGCAUUAAAAUACCCAGCAAUCGAUACAAUGAGGUAUAGAUUAUAAAUUAUUCCUUGUUAAAGUUUAUCCAUCAUGUUUCGUUCGUUACAUCUGACCCCAUUUUUUUGUCCCAUUUGAAAGUUUUAAUAAUUUUCAUGUAGCAGGGAAGGGGGUACAGAUAAAUAAAAAAAGGGGAGAGGGGGAUUAAACAACAGCACAUAUAACGGCUUGUCUCAUAGGGACGUGUACAUUCCAGUAGGAACAAGUGCUCAAAAAUAACACGCAUUUGAUUGUGUACUCAUUUAAUCUAUAGAUUGACACAUAUUCUGGCAUAUCAGCUACACUACAAAACUAUGUGAGCACUCCAAAUAAAAACACCGUUCUCAGUCUGCACUCCAGCGGUAAACAAAAAAGCAAUUUGUAUAAAAUAUUAUGAAUACAAAGUAACACAAAAAGGUUUAUAUGAAAAAAAACAGAUAUGUUAAUGUAUGGUAAUGGAUCUCAUCAAAUAUUCAUAAAGCAAAAAUAUCUAUAACCACGACAUGCUAUAUGUGGGGAGAUGAAAAUAGCUAUUUAUUCAAUAAAAAAUAUUAAAAUUUAGUCAUAUCAACAUAGUCUCAUAACUAGACAUGGCAUCACUGUAAAUCAUACACAUGAAAUUAAUAUAUAACAUUGAUCAUACAUAAAGUCAAUUAAAAAAAUGACAGGAUUGAACUAUAUCAAAGUGCCUGGAUAAAAGUCUAUUAAACAGUAUGGGGCCCCUACACUGGUGGUAGUCUAUAUCCAAAAAUCGGAACUAAAAAAUCUGUUGUCAUCGACACGGUAAUCCAACCAAUUAAUUGUAGAAAAUAUAAAAUAAUUCCCGGGGGGCAGCGAGCUCUGAAACCCAUCAAAUUACUUCUAUGCACAGGGGAGAUUAUCGAGGUUUAUAUUGGAAAGUAUAUAGCACAUUUUAUAUAAAGAAUUCUUUAGGUACCCGAUCUCCAUGUGUCCCAUAGCUCCUACGCUUCUGAGACAGGUUUCGAGGGAGGGAUGAGAGAUGGGACGUGCCUUUUAUAGGAGCUUUGUUUGUCUUUCUGCGAGCAGAUUAGAUAGCAGUGGUAUAAUCGUAAUGUGACGUUAAGCCGUGAGCACUAUAUGCAUAAUUUGCUUCAAUUCACAUCUAUGCAGCUCAUUAGAUAAUCUUAAGAGAAGGUACGUCUCGGGUGGGUAAGAUAACGAAUGCCCCAGUUUACUGGUGAUAAAUUGGUGGAUGGCCGUCCGAAAGGUUUGUAGGAUCACGUAGGGCCACCACACAUAUACAGUAAAGCCCUCACCACAGCACCAGCAUAUGGAAGAGGUGUUCAGAAACAUCUGUUUCAAUCUGCUCUGUACCAUGUACCAUCGAUAGUGUUUUAUAAUGUUGUUCUACAAGUAUAGAUGAUUUUAUGCAAGUUAAAUCUAGUUUCCCAACGUUUUAUGUCAUAGUCCACAUCAGAUUUCCAUUAGUUUUGCUGGGUUGGAGUCAGUAAAGGGAGUGUAAUCUGAUACUUAUUUGUAGCACAUGGAGAUUGGUUUACAUCUGCCCCCAUUUCUCCUUUUUUCCUUAUCUUUAUGACAAUAACCUACUUUUCUGAUUCCCCAGCCCCUGAAAGUCAUGUUAGCUUGGAUUUAUAUUUCCUCAUUGGAGUAUAGCAGUUUGCACAUUUUUGAUCCGUGUUCCUUGAAAUAAAUGAUCUAGUUCUUCUUAUAGUGCCACUCCAGAUUCAUUCAGUUCUAUUUAAAAGCACGUGCUAUGGCUCCUUAUUUUUAUUUCUGUAUAUAAUUUCCUGCCUUUUUUUUUCUCUCUUUCUUUCUUGUAGAUGAUGAAAGCCAUGAAUAAAUCCAAUGAGCAUGUUUUGGCAGGAGGCGCAUGUUUUAAUCAGAAAGCUGACUCUCAUCUGGUGUGCGUUCAGAACGAUGAUGGCAAUUACCAGACUCAAGCUAUCAGUAUUCACAAGCAGCCGCGCAAAGGUGAGUGCCACAUGGUAAUGGCAACGGACAUGGAGAUGUAAGACCGUCAACGUGGCUGUGAGCGAGGGCCUUGUCUCUGAUACAGCUUGGCAAAGAACAUCAAUAGAUCACUUCUGGGGAACAAUUAACUCCAAAUGUUUUCAAAUGUCUUUUAAGGUGUUUAUAGUUCUUAAGUGACAUAUAUGGAUCUUAAAGAUGAUGGGGCAUUACACAAUAUGUUCUAUGAAAGUCAUAUGCUCAGUGAAGGACGCGGUGACAUGAAAUCAGUUGAUCAAGUUGGGGAAUUAUGGUUUGUUGUAAACGUUUACAGGUUUUUAUUACCCCUUAAUAUUUUCAGAGUUGUUGCUAUAGAGCACGUGGGGUAUACUAAAACAUAUAAUUUUUAAAAAGCCAAUUUCAAUAAGAUUAGGGCAGCUCUACAACAUAUCGACUGGCAUAAACUCCUUUGUGAAAAAAACACUGAGGAUAAAUGGAAACUAUUCAAACAAAUAUUAGAAAGGUACAUUUCUCAGUAUGUACCAUUGGGUAAUAAAUAUAAAAGAAACAAAUUGAAACCAAUGUGGCUUAGUAGAGAAGUAAAACAAGAGAUUAAAAAUAAGAAAAGGGGAGGGGGAGGGGGCGGGGCCGGGCCGCCGAGCUGCAAGGCAGCAGAACACCAUGGCUCCUGGCCUGAGCCCGGGAGAACUGCAAUAAAUCCACACUCAGACCACCCCAAAGCAGAAAUAAGAGACAUAUAAUUAACGAGAAACACCCAAGCUUCAUAGGGAUACCAAACCGAGGCCGGUUUUGGGCCGGGAACACCGAAAAUAACGAAGCAGCCUACUCACCAUCAUAAGCCUGGACGAUGGCAGCCCCUGAAGAUGCACAGAUAACUGACCAGCAGCCCAGAGAUAACGGUAUACCAGCUGUAAGGCCUACAUGGGGGCCACACAGUUGCGGAUGAAGGCCCGGCUCCGCCCACUACUCAGUCCCAUGCAAAAGCUAAACCUAGCCUGUAUAACUCAGCUUACAUCAUAAAAAGCUUGAUCAUUAAUUGUAUGUUUAAUCUUCGCAUGUCGAUCUACAAUAUACACCUAUCUCUUGUUGGCAACCUGACCUAGAUAUGUUUGUUUAGCCUGUUCACUGUAUACUUUUAAAAAUGUGCAGAAUUAUCGCAUUUGCCAUGUACAGAAUCAACUGUUUGUAUUACCAGGCUUGCCGUUGCUGUCGUGGCAAUACAGGGUUAAAAUGUAUUCUACUAAAUGCACAAAAAAAAUAAUAAGAAAAUGGCAUUUAAAGAAUUUAAAUCAGACAAAUCAGAGGCAUCCUAUAUAAGAUAUAAGGAAGCCAAUAACGCUUGCAAAAAGGCAAAGUGGCUAAACUAGAAAAUGAGAAAUUGAUAGCUAAAGAGUGCAAAACCAACCCCCCAAUUUUUUUUCAAGUACAUCAAUUCUAAAAAAACAAAACAUUAAAGUGUAGGUACACUGGAAACAGAGAUGGGUUUAUUAGCUAAUGAAGACCAGGAAAAAACAGAAAUUUUAAAUGACUAUUUUUCUUCAGUAUAUAUUAAUGAGGAUCCUAUGGCAAGAGAUAUGCAAAUGAUUGCUGCAAAAAACUUGCAAAUAACUUGUGAUUGGAUAACUCGAGAUAAGGUGCUACAGCUAUUAAAGAAAAUGAAUAUAAAUAAAGCUCCGGGGCCUGACGGUAUUCACCCACGAGUACUUAAGUAGCUAUGUGGGGAAAUAAGUGAACCCCUGUAUUUAAUUUUUCAAGAUUCUUUUGUUUCAGGUGUUGUAUUGGAGGAAGGCAGAUGUUGUUCCUAUAUUUAAAAAGGGUUCAAAAUCCUUGCCUGGAAAUUAUAGACCUGUGAGCUUAACUUCUGUAACUGGGAAAAUAUUUGAAGGGCUAUUAAGGGAUAAUGUUCAGGAAUUCAUUGGGAAGAACUUUGUUAUUAGCAAUAAUCAGCAUGGUUUUAUGAAACAUAGGUCAUGUCAAACUAACCUAAUUGCAUUCUACGAAGAAGUAGAAGUAUAGAUCAGGGUGGUGCAGUGGAUGUGAUCUACUUGGAUUUUGCCAAGGUAUUUGAUACGGUUCCUCACAAUAGGUUAGUCUUCAAACUAAAAGAAAUUGGUCUAGAUGAAUAUUCUUGUUCUUGGGUAGAACAUUGGCUUAAGGAUAGAGUACAACGAGUUGUCAUUAAUGGUAAAUUUUCAGGCUUGACAAAAGUGCUAAGUGGUGUCCCUCAGGGUUCUGUUUUGGGACCACUUCUAUUUAAUAAUUUAUAAAUAAUCUUGAAAUAGGCAUUGAAAGCCAUGUAUCAGUGUUUGCAGAUGACACAAAACUUUGUAAAGUAAUAAAAUGUGAGCAGGAUAUUGCUUUGCUGCAGAGGGAUUUGGAUAGAUUGGGGGACUGGGCACUAAAAUGGCAGAUGAAAUUUAACGUAGAGAAAUGCAAAGUUAUGCACUUCGGGGUCAAGAAUGCACGAGCAACUUACACACUAAAUGGUAGUGAAUUAGGGAUAACCACACACGAGAAGGAUUUGGGAAUUGUUAUAGACAACAAAUUAGACAUGCAAUGUUAAUCUGCAGUUGCUAAGGCCAGUAAGGUUUUGUCAUGUAUAAAUAGGUGCAUAAAUUCUCGGGAUGAAAAUAUAAUUUUGCCUCUUUAUAAAUCGCUGGUAAGACCACACCCUGAAUAUGCUGUGCAAUUUUGGGCGCCUGUUCUAAAGAAAGCUAUCAUGGCACUAGAAAAAGUCCAGAGACGAGCUAUAAAAUUGAUGAAAGGAAUGGAGCAUUUUUGUUAUGAAGAAAGGUUAAAAAAAUUUAAUUUGUUUAGUUUGGAAAAAAGGUGCCUGAGAGGGGAUAUGAUAACUUUAUACAAAUAUAUUUGGGGCCAGUACAAACCUUUAUCUGGAAAUCAAUUCAUAAACAGGGCUAUACACAGGACACGAGGUCACACAUAUAGGCUGGUAGAAAGGAGAUUUCAUCUAAGGCAAAGAGGUUUUUUUUACAGUAAGAGUAAUAAGGAUAUGAAAUUCUCUGCCUGAAGAGGUGGUUUUAGCACAGUCCAUACAGAUGUUUAAACUGCAAUUGGAUACAUACUUACAAAAACAUAACCUACAGGGAUAUAAUUUCUAAGUAGUGGGGUAAUAGCUGCUUGAUCCAAGGAGACAUCUGACUGCUAUUUUGGGGUCAAGAAGGAAUUUUUUCCUAGUUUGUGGGAAAAUUGGAAGUGCUUCAGACUAGAUUUUUUGCCUUCUUUUGGAUCAACAGCAAAAAACAAAUGUGAGGAAGGCUGAACUUGAUGGACGCAAGUCUCUUUCCAGCUCUGUAACUUUAUAUGUAAAGCAGAACUGCCAGUUCUCUGAAAGUGACCAUUCCUCAUUCCCUCAUUAUAGAAAAUGCUAUUGAUGAGUUUACGAGGGUGAGAAAUGGAGAAGUAAAUAAAAACACAAAACAAACACACUUUCCGUGUAGCAUUCCAUGUUCUGGAUGAUGAUGUUGCUGCAAUAAAGUCUGCUCACUGUAUUGAUUCAGAGUGCACAGGUGUUUGAGAAGUUUCUCUGUGAGGCUCCAGGCUAGUUCAACUGCAAAGCAAAGCUGUACGAGUGAGAUUUAAUUUAAUUGGUGGCCUGGCAUUCCGUGUCAAUUAAGAAAUAAAAUAUCUGACAAUUACGCCGUAGCUCACUUUUAAUUAAAAAUCGGGCUAUGUAAAAAACAAACAAACCAGAUGUAACUGUUAUUUGAGCGAUUUAAAAAAAAAAAAAACAGUCCUCAAAAUAAUAAUAAUAAUAGUAAUGUAAAACAGAAAAACAAAAAAUUUAUCUGAAAAGCAAGCACAGUAUGUUAAAUUGACACAUGAAUAAGUGAGAUAAAUAUCUGAUGUUUCAGUGUAGUACCCACGAGGACUGGCUCCAUUUUAGACACAGAGUAGCGCUAGAAGAUCAAAAUCUUGGUGCCAGAUUUGUAGGAGGACAUGACAUAAAAGCAAUUCAGAAUAAAAAAUAAUAGAUUGUUUUUUAAAAAUUUUUUUUAUUUGUUUCAGUAACUGGUGCCAGCUUCUUCGUGUUUAGUGGAGCGCUCAAGACUUCAUCAGGAUUCCUGGCCAAGUCUAGCAUUGUAGAAGGUAUACAAAUAUUUUCUAUACAAACUAAUAAAAAUUUACUGAAAUGUAGCUAUAUUAGAAAAUUAUUUGGGGAAAAAAAACACCUCUGCUGUAUAUCCUAGGUCAACUUUGGUUCUUAACGUCAAUGUCAAAAUAACAUCUAGUAUGCUGAAAUACAUCUGGCAGAAGAGAUUCACUACAUUCUACAUUCUCUUUCUGUGAUUAUAAAUAAUAUACCGUAUUUUUCCGUGUAAAAGACGACCCCAUGCAUAAGUCGACCCCUAUUUUUUUUAACCCAGAAUUAAGAAAUAAAUAUUUUAAACAGCUCCCACAAUGCAGCAGGUGGUAUGAGCACAUGCUGGGACAUCGCAGCAGUAUUCCCUCUGAUCGCCAUUUCCUUCUCCAUUGAUAUAAAUCAGAAAGCAAGACCUACCUAAGGUGUGGAGCAUACCUUAAUAUGGCCGCUCCUUUUAUGGUGUGGGAUGUCUCUGGAGCUCCGUUGGUGGUAAAUGCUGACGUCUGCUGCAGCUCCCUCUUCCUACUUGCCACAGCAUUCAGAAGUGGAUCGGCAGUAGAGAGGCCAUGUAUGUGUGUGGGUCGUGGCACACUGGAACGUGGCAGGCGCCAUCUUGGCUUAGGCUCCGCUCACAAGUGUUUUUUUUUUUUUGUUUUUUUUACCCCCGCAGUGACAUUCCGUGUAUAGGACGACCCCCAAUUUUAGAUGAAAAAAACAAAAAACAGUCUUAUACAUGGAAAAAUACAGUAAUUGCUGUUAAAAAGACACUCCACUGCCAAAAUACUAAAAAUGUUAAAUCUUCAUUUAGUAGGAAUAGCGCAAAAAAUAAAAACGUGCAUGUCUUUAAUUAUGCAUAUUUUCACUGGAGUUAUAUCUAAAAACAGCUUGUAACCCUGAAGUUCUCAUGUAUGAUGCCUUUGUAAACCCUCCCCUUCUAACCCUGCCCAGACUUUCUGUGGCUGUCCAAUCACCUUUCUGUUGUCUGAUUGACAGCCAGGGGGUGAAACAUAGAAACAUAGAAACAUAGAAACAUAGAAUGUGACGGCAGAUAAGAACCAUUCGGCCCAUCUAGUCUGCCCAAUUUUCUAAAAACUUUCAUUAGUCCCUAGCCUUAUCUUAUAGUUAGGAUAGCCUUAUGCCUAUCCCAUGCAUGCUUAAACUCCUUUACUGUGUUAACCUCUACCACUUCAGCUGGAAGGCUAUUCCAUGCAUCCACUACCCUCUCAGUAAAGUAAUACUUCCUGAUAUUAUUUUUAAACCUUUGUCCCUCUAAUUUAAGACUAUGUCCUCUUGUUGUGGUAGUUUUUCUUCUUUUAAAUAUAGUCUCCUCCUUUACUGUGUUGAUUCCCUUUAUAUAUUUAAAUGUUUCUAUCAUAUCCCCCCUGUCUCGUCUUUCCUCCAAGCUAUACAUGUUAAGAUCCUUUUAACCUUUCCUGGUAAGUUUUAUCCCGCAAUCCAUGAACCAGUUUAGUAGCCCUUCUCUGAACCCUCUCUAAGGUAUCAAUAUCCUUCUGAAGAUACGGUCUCCAAUACUGUGUACAAUACUCCAAGAAAGGUCUCACCAGUGUUCUGUACAAUGGCAUGAGCACUUCCUUCUUUCUACUGCUAAUACCUCUCCCUAUACAACCAAGCAUUCUGCUAGCAUUUCCUGCUGCUCUAUUACAUUGUCUGCCUACCUAAGUCAUCAGAAAUAAUCACCCCUAAAUCCCUUUCCUCAUAUGUUGAGGUUAGGACUCUAUCAAAUAUUCUGUACUCUGCCCUUGGGUUUUUACGUCCAAGAUGCAUUAUCUUGCACUUAUCCACAUUAAAUGUCAGUUGCCACAAUUCUGACCAUUUUUCUAGCUUACCUAAAUCAUUUGCCAUUUGGCUUAUCCCUCCUGGAACUUUAACCCUAUUACAUAUCUUAGUAUCAUCAGCAAAAAAUACAUACCUUACCAUCAAGACCUUCUGCAAUAUCACUAAUAAAAAUAUUAAAGAGAAUGGGUCCAAGUACAGAUCCCUGAGGUACCCCACUGGUGACAAGUCCAAGUUUCGAAUAUAUUCCAUUAACUACAACCCUCUGUUGCCUGUUACUCAGCCACUGCCUUACCCAUUCAACAAUAUUUGAAUCCAAACUUAAAGAUUGCAGUUUAUUGAUAAGCCUUCUAUGAGCAACAGUGUCAAAAGCCUUACUGAAAUCUAGGUAAGCAAUGUCUACUGCACCACCCUGAUCUAUAAUUUUAGCUACCCAAUCAAAAAAAUCAAUAAGAUUAGUUUGGCAUGAUCUCCCUGAAGUAAAACCCAUGUUGUCUCUGAUCUUGAAAUCCAUGUGUUUUUAGAUGUUCAUCAAUCCUAUCCUUUAACAUGGUUUCCAUCACUUUCCCCACUACUGAAGUAAGGCUUACUGGCCUAUAGUUGCCCGACUCCUCCCUAUUACCUUUCUUGUAAAUGGGCACAACAUUCGCUAACUUCCAAUCUUCUGGGACUACACCUGUUAACAAUGAUUGGUUAAAUAAAUCUGUUAAUGGGUUUGCUAGUACACCACUAAGCUCUUUUAAUAGCUUUGGGUGUAUUCCAUCAGGUCCCAUUGACUUAUUUGUCUUUACUUUUGACAGUUGAAAUAGAACCUCUUCCUCUGUAAACUCACGUGUAAUAAAUGACUCAUUUAUCCUUUUUUCUCAACUGAGGUCCCUUUCCUUCAUUUUCUUCUGUAAAUACAGAACAAAAAUAUUCAUUGAGGCAGUCAGCCUGACCUUUAUCCUCUUCUACAUACCUUCCUUCUUUUGUUUUAAUCUAACUAAUCCUUGUUUUACUUUUCUUUUCUCAUUUAUGUAUCUAAAAAAUGUUUUAUCCCCCUUUUUUACUGACCGUGCUAUUUUCUCUUCUGUGUGUGAUUUGGAAGCUCUUAUAACUUGCUUAGCCUCUUUCUGCCUAAUCUUAUAGAUCAUUUUGUCUCCCUCACUCUGGGUUUUUUUUAUAAUUCCUAAAUGCUAACUUUUUGUUUUUAACUAUUUUGGCCACAUCUGCGGAGUACUACAGUGGUUUCUUGAAUUUUUUGCUUUUACUGACAAGCCUAAUGCAAUUUUCUGUUGCCUUCAAUAGUGCAACUUUUAAAUAAUCCCAUUUUUCUUGGACUCCAUUUAAAUUGCUCCAGGGUGUAACAAGGUUAGUUUAUAAAAGUGCCAAUUUCUAUUGAAAUCUGAACUUUUUGCAAACUGAAAAAAGUCCACAUACCCUUCACACACAAAGCUUUUCAGCAAGCUAACGUGCUAUAGGGAUCCGGAGAGUCCCUUUAAAACUGAUUUACCUAUAAACGGUCACAUUUAAAUUGUGAAAACUGUGUCCAUCCUAGCUCUUCUUUUUCUUUUUAAACCAGAUUAAGAAUCAUAUAUAAUAUGAAUUAAACUACCAGAAUAAAGUAGAAACACACAGUACACACAUCCUGUGUUCUCUGUAUUUGUGCUUUUGUAAAUCCACUUCUCAUGUCUGUUUCCCAGAUGGGGUGAUGGUGCAGAUAACAGCAGAAAGCAUGGAUGCGUUGAGACAAGCACUGAGAGAAAUGAAAGACUUUGAUAUUAUAUGCGGGAAAGCAGAUGCCGAGGAAACACAGGAACAUGUCUACGUGCAAUGGGUGGAGGACGACAAGAACUUCAAUAAAGGGUAGGCAGCAACUGGGCUGCUAUCUGACGCUAGCUCUUACAUAGUUGUCCAGGUUGAAAAAAGACUAAAGUCUAUCAAAUUGUUACAAAUCUGAGCUCACCCUGAUUUAUCCCUGUGGAGAAAUAAUAGACACAUGUACAGGAAGAGGACAGUUGGUGGUUACAAGCGAACUUUAAAUUGGAUUAGCUCAAUAAAUCCCAGGUUAUCAUAUAAUGGUUGGAGGUUAAUAAUAAUUACACCUCAUCUUCCACUUUUAAAUGGUAAACAUUUUAAUCACAUUUACUUUGACAAGUCUGAGUGAGCCUUUCCACUGAUCUCUCACACUCACAUUUUGUGUGUGUUUGGGGGACCUGGAGGGUUUUAUCCCAAAUGUUCUCAUUGGAUGGAGGAAAGCAGAAUUAUUAUUAAAUCCUGGACAUUACCACCUACCCCAUAUGGUUGGUCAUUUCUCUUUAUUCAAACCCUUGUAGAAAAACUUUUGGUCUCUUAUUAUUAUUAUUAUUAUUUUUCCAGCAUACUAAUAUUUCUUUUCUCCAAAAGCUAGUACGAGCCUCUUAUUUUUCUGCAAGAGGCAUAGAAACAUAGAAUGUGAUGGCAGAUAAGAACCAUUCGGCCCAUCUAGUCUGCCCAAUUUUCUAAAUACUUUCAUUAGUCCCUGGCCUUAUCUUAUAGUAGGAUAGCCGUAUGCCUAUCCCACGCAUGCUUAAACUCCUUUACUGUGUUAACCUCUACCACCUCAGCUGGAAGCCUAUUCCAUGCAUCCACUACCCUCUCAGUAAAGUAAUACUUCCUGAUAUUAUUUUUAAACCUUUGUCCCUCUAAUUUAAGACUAUGUCCUCUUGUUGUGGUAGUUUUUCUUUUAAAUAUAGUCUCCUCCUUUACUGUGUGGAUUCCCUUUAUAUAUUUAAAUGUUUCUAUCAAAUCCCCCCUGUCUCGUCUUUCCUCCAAGCUAUACAUGUUAAGAUCCUUUAACCUUUCCUGGUAAGUUUUAUCCCGCAAUCCCUGAACCAGUUUUGUAGCCCUUCUCUGAACUCUCUCUAAGGUAUCAAUAUCCUUCUGAAGAUACGGUCUCCAGUACUGCGUACAAUACUCCAAGUGAGGUCUCACCAGUGUUCUAUACAAUGGCAUGAGCACUUCCCUCUUUCUCCUGCUAAUACCUCUCCCUAUACAACCAAGCAUUCUGCUAGCAUUUCCUGCUGCUCUAUUACAUUGCCUGCCUACAUUUAAGUCAUCAGAAAUAAUCACCCCCUAAAUCCCUUUCCUCAGAUGUUGAGGUUAGGACUCUAUCAAAUAUUCUGUACUCUGCCCUUGGGUUUUUAUGUCCAAGAUGCAUUAUCUUGCACUUAUCCACAUUAAAUGUCAGUUGCCACAACUCUGACCAUUUUUCUAGUUUACCUAAAUCAUUUGCCAUUUGGCUUAUCCCUCCUGGAACAUCAACCCUGUUACAUAUCUUAGUAUCAUCAGCAAAAAGACAUACCUUACCAUCAAGACCUUCUGCAAUAUCACUAAUAAAAAUAUUAAAGAGAAUGGGUCCAAGUACAGACCCCUGAGGUACCCUUACACCUUUUGAGGAUUCUUAUCACUUUUGCCCAGUCAAUAAAAAAAAAAAAUGCCCUUCCAGCAGGGCAUGCCAUCAGGGGGUGACAACCAUGACGGUUGUCACGGCCCUGGUGGUCCAGCCGCCCAGGCCCUACGUGGAGCGGCGAAACUGCCGCAGGUGCAUUUGCACCGGGGCCCAUCCGGUGGCCCGAUUUAGGGCCACCCGGUGGGCCCUAUAUCUUCAGGGGCCCGGUCAGCGCUGUAGCCGUGUAAAAGCGCGACCGGGUCCCUUUAAAAAAAAAAUUACGGCUGGACCACAAGUGCUGCUGGGAGGAAGUGACGGCCGGUCACUUCCUUCCAGCUUACUCCGCACAGGGGAAGAGACAGCCGAGGAGAGGAAAGGCAUCCGCUCCCAUCAAAAUGAGGUGUGUCUCUGCAUGUAUGCAUGUCUGUUUGUGUAUGUAUGUCUGUUUGUCAGUAUGUAUGUGUGUAUAUAUGUAUAUAUGUAUGUGUGUAUGUAUAUAUGUCACUAUGUAUGUCUGUGUGUAUGUAUGUAUGUUUGUCAGUAUGUAUGUCUGUCUGUAUGUAUGUGUGUGCGUCAGUAUGUGAGUAUGAAUGUACGUCAGUGUGUGUCUGUAAGUCAGUAUGUAUGUGUGUGUGUGUGUAUGUAUCUCCUUAUUCGUGUGUGUGUCCGUCUGUAUGUGUCUGUGUAUGUGUGUGUCUGUUUCAGUAUUUGUAUCUGUUAGUAUGUGUGUAUCUUUCUGUGUGUGCCUAUGUCCUUUUGUGUCUGUGUGUGUGUGUGUGUAUUCCUGUGGGCGGGGAUGGAGGCGGGCACCUGGAAAACAUGAUUCAAAAUAACCCCCCAAAAUACACGCCCUUGCAAAAGGCAGCAUGUUGGUGCCGAAACGUUGGGGAGUUAUUUUGAUUUGUGUUUCUGCCCUAUUAGGCUUGUGAGAACUCUGAGAAAUUAUUACUGUUGAUUAUUCGUUUGCCUGUUUAUUGUCAUUUUGUAUUUUCUUGUAACAUACAUGUUUAACCUAUUGUUGGUCCAUUAAAUAAUUGUAUAUAUUUCUUUUUGGUUCUGGUGUGCAUUCUCUUUCAUAUAAUAUUUAUAUAAUUCAUGACCAUGUGGCACAAUCAGAGACUUCUGCACAAAGGCUUUAACUGACGUUUUUGGGAAGCUUGCGGCAGUAUACACCAGCACUGUUCGCUUAGCUGUGCCAGCGUUUGGGCAAACAUGCUAGCUCACUUGUAACAUGUGAUUACUUUUAAAUAAAUCAAAUAUGCCUGUGUUAGGCUUAUUGCUGCUCAGGAAAGUGUGUGUGCUUCCACCAGUAGAGGUCACUGCUCUCGUUUUUUGGGAGUUUUGCCUUAGAUUGGUAACAAGUCUGGUCUACUAAUUACUACUAUCACAUACUGACGUGAACACUAGAUGCAUCGGCUAUUAUUUCUGUCCUGUGCUAGUCACAAAUUACUUUAUAAACCGCAGAAUGUAUGGGUUUAUACAAACUCCAUUAUACGUAGUUUUCAGAUUCCCGCUGAGCUGUUGAGUGUGAGAAAGCUGCUGUACAUUAAUACAUUGUUUAACUGUAUCAAUAGCAUGAUUAGCGAGUAUGAACACAUGUGUAAUGUAAGUAAAAGAGGCUUUUACAGUAAAUUCCUGAAUAACCUCUCACUAUUUGUCUACCUUCCUGUUCAGAGUUUCCAGUCCUAUUGAUGGAAAAACAUUGGAGUCUGUAACAAGCGUCAAAAUUUUCCAUGGAUCAGAAUAUAAAGCCAACGGGAAAAUCAUCCGCUGGACAGAGGUAUAUACCGUUCUGCAGGAUCUGAAAGAGUUUAAAAAACUAAGUCAAAGGAAUGCUGUUUGGCUAUUCUUUCUCAAUGUUGGUAAAACCGUCUUCCAACACACUUGCCUCUGUACUCUCUUUUCUCUAAUAAUAUUGGUUAGAGCUGCAGACGAUUGCACUCCGUGUCAUAUUUUUUUUAACAUGGUAUUUGAAAAUAUAAAUAUUAUCAAAACAAUAAACAUUGCUUAGCGAAGAGGCCAAACACAAACUUGACAUUUACCAAAAUAAACUCAAGUAUACAGCUAAAUGACAUGAAUCCCAUUAGUGAUCAUUCCCCCUUUAACCCAUCAUAUUAAAAUGAGGACAAAUGGUGCCAAAUGCUGACUGACUGUGCAUGCGCUUAGCAACAAGAAGAAUGGGCACCAUAUUGAAGGAAAUCACACAAUAUAAAAAUUCCACUUCAUAGAAUGAGGGAGAUCCAUUAGAGGUUUUACUAUACCAAUAAAUGAAGUUUAGAGACCUCACUAUUGGCUUUAUGUAGUUUCUUCCAAGUGGAGAGGGGUGAGCUGCUCUUAAGUGCCAUCCAGAAAAAACAUGACUUCAAAAAACCCUGAAUCUUCUUAUCAGCUAAACAGAAAUUGACAGGAAUACCCCUAGGAGCAACAUCUUACUAUACCUUCAUUUAACUUCCUGUCCCGAUAGCUGAAAGGAUGCAGUUAAAACCUAGUUAACUACCAUAGGUAGCCAGGAAUUCUUUUUCUUGUGUGUUUAAUAAAGAUUUGAACGGCUUCUUGGGAUUUGUAGUUCCACAACCGCCUACACUUGUUGCCUUUCCCUGAGCCAAGUUCUCUAUCGAUUAUCAUGAUUAAAUUCAACUAUUUGUACUAAGCCUUUCACCCACUCUAUCAACAGGUCUUCUACUUGGAUAAUGAAGAGCAGCAGAGCGGCCUGAGUGACCCUGCUGACCACAGCCGACUGACUGAAAACGUGGCCAAAGCUUUCUGCCUGGCUCUGUGUCCGCACCUCAAACUAUUAAAGGAGGACGGAAUGACCAGACUGGGACUGCGAGUCACAUUGGAUGCAGACCAGGUAAUAGGUGAUAUUUCUAAAUGCCGAGAAUACCUACCAUCUCUCUAUUUAAAAUGUAUUUUAUUUUUUUUAAAUUGUAACUGUCAAAUGUUAACAUUGAAUUCCUUUAGCACAGUUGUGGUAAUCCUUCUGGGAGGAGAAAUAUUCUCUCUGUAAUGGUACAAGUGUGAUAAAUUAUAUUUAAGAUUCUCCAUCCGGGUACCAACUCAGUAAGCAGGUUGUUGUGAACAUUAUACUUUCUUUUCUUUAACCCCUUAAGGACACAUGACAUGUGUGACAUGUCAUGAUUCCCUUUUAUUCCAGAAGUUUGGUCCUUAAGGGGUUAAACUGAUGCAGCUAUGAUCGAUUUCUCCACCAUAUAAUGACAGUGUGCACAGAAUACAUGGGUGCGAAUCUGUAAAAUUACAUUCCAAUUUACUUGCAUACUACAACAUGUUUUAUUUACAUAUUUUACUUGUGCAUCUCUUAAAUAAAAAAAAUACUGUCUCUUGAGGUUGAUUUUGUUGUGCUAAUUAUUUAGUAAUUUUAGAUAGUGAUCGAUCAAUCAAUACGUUUUGAACCACAAUUGUUUCAUACUUACCGUAAUUUUCUUUUCCUGAUCAUGGUAUAUGACAGCAUUUACUCAUAGGUUAGCUCCAACCCUCACCACAAAAAGAAUAGGAAAUAGAAAAAAUAGAUCCACGCCCUCCCCACCAGGCAGUCUUUGUAACUAGCUUCCCAACUCACAGCAAGGACGGUAAUAAUGAUGUAAUUUAAGUACACUUUCACUUUACUUUUUAGGGUUUAUUUUUGCAUUGAUGUUUGAAUUAUUUUCAGUGAUUGGUCCAAAGAUGAUUCACCUGCACCACUCUAAUUUUUUAGCCACUAUUUUAUUGUUUAUUUCCUUAUCGAAUUAAAUAAUGCAUGAAAGAAUAAAAGGGCCUGGGGACUGAAGAGACAUUGGACUGGCAAUUAAAAUACUUACAAUAUACAGCAUCAAUAUUACAUGGAGUAUAUGAGUCUGAACUUUAUUGCAGUAAAUAUAUAAUGUUCCCCCUGAGAAAAUUAAAAAAGGGGAAUCUCUGGGAAAUUCUGAUACUUAACCCCUUAAGAACCAAGAGCAUUCCAUUCCGGACAUAUAAUGAUACUUCUCUCUUGCUCUCCCUUCAAGUUGGUGGUACCCACAUCAGCCCAUGCUUGCAAGCGCGCUGUCUUGGCGUCAUACUUGAUUCUGGCCUCAAAUCUGAGCCUCACAUCCAGUCUCUUUCCAUAUCCUGUAGAUUCCACCUUAUAAACAUAGCCCGCAUCCGCCCCUUUCUUUCACAAGAUGCUACUAAGGACCUUGCCAAUGCUCUAGUAAUCUCUAGCAUGGAUUAUUGUAACCCCCUCCUAAUUGGUCUUCCCAAAAACCAUAUUGCCCCCCCUACAGUCUGUAUUGAUUGCUGCAGCUAGACUGAUUUUCCUCUCCUCUCACACCUCUCCACUCUGUCAGUCCUUACAUUAGCUCCUCACAGAUCCAUAGGUAUGCCCCUUCUUGGUCUCUCCGCUCUGCCCAUGACCUUCUCCUGUCCGCUGCUCGCACCCGUACGGCCAACUCACGCUUGCAGGACUUAUCGCAGGCGGCUCCCUUCCUAUGGAACAGCCUGCCUACCGCCAUCAGACUCUCCCCUAGUCUUCAAUCAUUUAAGAAGUCCAUCUCUUUAGGAAAGCUUAGGGAUUCCCAGAGUAACCUCUACCUCACAUACCUGUCUCUUGCUGUCUCCUAAAGGGCAGCACUCUACUCUCUCCUACAGCCCUGCUUCAGUCCACCUUGUUCAAUUGCUACCUCCUGUCCUACGGCGUUUUAUACCCACCUCCUAUAGACUGUAAGUUUGUUUGAGCAGGGCCCUCUUCAACCUAUCGUUCCUGUAAGUUUUUGUAAUUGUCUAAUUUAUUGUUAAAUCCCCCCCUUUGAUAAUAUUGUAAAGCGCUACAGAAUAUGCUGGCGCUAUAUAAAUUCCAGUAAUAAUAAUCUCUCUCUCUCUCUCUAUAUAUAUAUAUCUAUAGCAAAUAGCAUAUUCUCUCAGUUGUACAGAUUAUGCUUUACUCGCUUCUACAGGAAUUUCUAAACCAACUCUACGGCACAGAGUCUGAAAUGAUAAAUCUGAGCAGGAAUAGUAUAUUUGCAGAGUACAACCUUGCAGUAAUUAAUGAUUGUUAAUAAACAGCUGUGACUUGGUAAACAAAUAGCUAGUUUUCAAAUCAUCUAAAUCAGUCAGAUUUCCCUUGACAAAGUCAAUCACACCAAUGAAAACAGACAGGUAAUUGCUUCAGAGAGUAAAAUGCUCGUGGGAGCCAAUAAAUAGCCCAAACGGUACACCUGCAAUCAGCAAGCUAUACCAAGAUAAAAAAUGUCCCACUUAAAACAUCACAAUCAUUAUCAUGAGCAAUGAGGAGAUGGUACCUGGCAGUAGCAACAUUUCUCAUGUAAAUGCAUGUGCGCACGAAGAACUCACCACAUCCCGCUACUGAACAUUACCAGCUCUCCUACAAUCAAUCUCCAGUGGUUCAUUGCUUAUACUGAAACACACGUGUGGUAGGAGAACUCGAAUACAAAGAUAUAAAGCAACAUGUUUCUCUUAUCUUCAUUUAGAUAGAAAACAGAAGGAGAAACGCCACAGUUUUAUUAGGUACUUACCCAGUAAUAGUUCAUUUUCUGGUGAAACUGGGCUAUAUUUCUUUUCAGCUCAUACAUAGAUCUUCUACAAGUUGCAUAUACUAAAUAAACUAGAGCCGUGCAUAUAUUGGGGUUGUAAAUUACCACCAUCUUGCACACAGAAUAUACAAAUCACAUAUACUGAGGAUUUGUUUUAACAGCACCUCAUAUACACCGACCCACAAUCGAUCUCAUCCUAGACCCCAUGCAUACAAAACCCAUUCACACCUCCUGUCACGUUCUCUCCUCCUACUUCUAGCAGCUGGUGAUGUCUCUCCCAAUCCAGGGCCCUUCACCUUCUCUACACACACUAAGACAACCAGAAACCCCACAAACCUCAUCACAAUACCCUGCCCUUUACCCUCACUUACCAAAAUUCAUUGUGCACUCUGGAAUGCCCGCUCCAUCUGCAGUAAUGUAAAAUCAACAACCAUACACGACUUUUUCAUCUCAAACUCACUCACACUGCUUGCACUUACACAGACCUGGCUGUCCCCCUCUGAUAGCGCUACUCCUGCCUCUUUAUGUUUUGGUGGGCUACAAUUCUCUCACACUCCCAGACUCAACUGUAAAGGAGGUGGCGUAGGCAUCCUUCUCUCCCCUCAAUGUACCUUUCAACCAAUCAUAACUCCCCCUGUCCUAUCCUUUUCUUCUUUUGAAGUUCACAAUGUCCGCCUAUUUAAACCCACUCCUGACUUUUGACAUUGGCAUACCUAAGACCCAAUUAAAACCACCAUCUGAACAUCACUCUCACAGAAACCUCCAAUGUCUUGACCUAGAGCAUUUCUCCACUAAUCUCCAAACUCUCCUUUUACCUAUAUAAAACCUCACUUAGUUCUGCAACCUCCUUCUACAAUUCCACCCUCUCCUCUGAACUAGACAUCAUGGCACCUUGUACAUUUAAACGCCGCAGGCGUCCCCAACAACAACAACCCUGGCACACCAAGCUCACUCGAUACCUCCAAAAAUGCUCCAGAACUGCUGAACGCUGUUGGAGAAAGUCUCACUGUGCAUCUGACUUUCUCCACUAUAAAUAUAUGCUGAGCUCAUACAGCUUGGCUCAUUCCUCUGCAAAAGUUAAUUACUUCAAUACCCUCAUAACCACACUCUUACAGUCCAUAAUGAAUGCAGCGGCGAGGCUCAUCUUCCUGUCCGCCCGCACCUCCCAUGCCUCACCGUUCUGUCAGUCCCUACAUUGGCUUCCUAUAAAAUAUAGAGCUCAAUUUAAAAUUCUGGUUCUUGCUUUCAAAUCGCUACAUAAUGCUGCUCCCAUCUAUCUAUUCUCCCUUAUAAACAAGUAUGUCCGGUAUAGGCCCUUAUGAUCUGCUGAAGACUUACGUCUAUCUUCUGUCCAUACUCCCACCUCUGAUGCUCGCCUUCAAGAUUUCUCGAGGGCUGCACCGUUCCUGUGGAACUCGCUUCCCUCCUCCGUUAGAUGCUCACCCAGUCUCCACUUCUUCAAAAAAAUCGUUAAAAACUCACUUCAUAAAAGCGUAUCAAUUAAACUGUUAAUAGCUCCUGAAUACUAUCCUUACCUUUUUGUGUCACUUUACCCCACUACCUCUAGCAUGUAAGCUCAUUGAGCAGGGCCCUCAACCCCUCUGUUCCUGUGUGUCCAACUUGUCUGGUUACAACUACAUGUCUGUUCGUCCACCCACUGUAAAGCGCUGCGGAAUUUGAUGGCGCUAUAUAAAUAACAUAAUAAUAAUAAUAUUAAGGGUGUAUCUUAAUACAGAGAUAUUAGUCACAUAUACUGAGGGCUUUCCCGCUCAUACAGAGAGGCUACAUUGGUCUUGUAUGCUGAUUUAGAGACACAAGAAGAUCCAAAACAAUAUUUUACCUUCCACUCUAUGAAAGUGGAUAUGUACUAAAAUGCACAGGUAACAGAAAUCAAGGCCUGUAAAAAGCAUAAAAUAAAAAUGUAGGCCUGCUUAAGCAGUCUUGAAGUUCAGGAAAAAUAGACCGGCUGAUGGGGAGGAGGGAUCUGUUUAUACCAAUUUCAGAGUUCUAUUUCCUUCCUUUUUGCUAUGAGGGGAGGAGCUAAAACAUAAGUAAAUGCUGCCAUGUUUGAUGGGGAAGAAGGCCAGUACUUCCUGUUUGAAGAAGUUAUAUUGCCAGCACUGUAUAUACUUUGUAUCUAUUCCCAGACAUUAAACUCUGCUAUAUGUUCUAAUUGACAGGUUGGCUACCAGGCAGGAAGCAAUGGGCAGCCCCUGCCUGCCAGAUACACCAAUGACUUGGACAGUGCCUUGGUGCCAGUGAUCCAUGGAGACACGUGUCAGCUUAGUGAGGGACCUGUCACGAUGGAACUAAUCUUUUAUCUCCUCGAGAACAUCUCAUAGGAAAGACAUGGGCGUCUCUUCACAAACUGCCACUGAUCCGAUCAAUUGCACUUUAAUCACAGAGGAUUCAUCGUUUUUUUCUUUUUGCUAACACUAGUAUUAGGUCAGGGUGCCCAGAGCGGUCACUGGAAACUCUUUAAACCUUCUAUGCAUUGUCAGGGGCGAAGUCUGAGCUGAUGCCAGCAAAGUGUAUGCAGAGCCGCAAUCUUUCCUACUCACUGGCUCAAAAAUGGGCAGAAAGACCCUCAUUGUCGGCACGAAACAAAGAAUUACCCUAAAUCAAAAUACAAUCAGGAAUUUCACUCUGACCUCAUUCGAACCAUUGCUGCAAACUCCUGCUUGCCUUGUUUUGUUUUUUUUUACUCAAGUUUACAUUGUGGAGACCAGCCUAAGCCGCCUCCUACGGUUUGAUUUGCAACGCCCGCAACAGUGCAUGGCAUCACAGCCCAAUUAGUGCAGUUAGAGACUGGAGUAACAAAAUCCACUACCUUGCCCCCAAUGCAUGUUUCCCACCGCUGCCACUCGGGCUGGCUUCUCUCUCUUCAGGAGCAGCAAUAUUAUUUUUCUACAUUUUCUGAAGCGCACAAGAUUUGCAUUAACACGUCUGUCUCAUGGAAUCGUUGUGAGCUUAUUUAGUCUGCAAGCAAGGAGAUAAACUGCAUCUGUUUGUCGAGCCAUGGAGAUCUGGAAAAUAAUCACAAUUGUGUACAUUGUGUUGUCUAACACUUGUUUUCAGAGUGAAGUAAUAAUCUUUCGUGCUCUGUCUGGAAGGUAAAGGGUUUAUUGUUUACACACUGUUUGUCUGUAAGAAUCCCAUGCCACAACAUCAAAUUUCACUAGACAUUGCUCCUUAAAGAGCUGUACAGAGCUAUUCUAGCUGCUGGUAAAUGUCAAAAACCCAACCAGAUCUGUGUCGCCGAAUUUCUAGUUACCGUGUGCUCAGACAGGUUUCUGUGUGAGAGACAAAACUUAACGCUAUACAAAAUAUCAUGAACUCUUUGUAGAAUAUUUAAAGCUUAACAUAAACUAUUCAGCAUUUUUUUUUAAUUUAAGUUAUUUAUUAUAUAAACAAAAAAUCCAGUUUCCAAAUAUGCCUCUUCAUUGCAGUUGUGGGAUUUUAUGUCUUUUUGUGUUACUGAAUUUGGUUGGUAGAGAGGGAUCUGCAAAUUUACAGCGCACCCCACUCUGGACUGAGGGACUGAAUGAAAUCCACAUUUACUGAAGCAGCUUUAAACUACACUAUAGUUUGUUUUUCUUUGUUUUUUUUAUACAGCACUCAGAGUAUCGUUAAUUUCCAUUUGUUUGAAUACACAAUCCCUAUAGGUUUUAUGGAGCAUUGUAUUGUAAGCGAUACCUAGUAUACAAUUUGGUGAUACAUUGUAGUUAAAUGUAAGCACUAUACAGUUAUUUUGUAUUUAUUUUUUACUUCCUUCAAACUAAUAUUUCUUUAUAUAAAGCCAGCAGUUUCUGUUGUGCUAGAUAUUUGUAAUGUGUAGAACACAGCAGAGCCUGGCAGGUGAAUCAUAUAUACAGUAGCAUUUUGAAAGUUCCCUUUUUAAAAAAAAGGGUUACUCUAAGCAUCACAAUCACGGUGUCUUGCUGUAGUGAUUAUGAUGCCCGGAGUACUGUGGCCCCAUUUCCUGGUGAUGGGGCAAACUGUUUUGCAAUCUUACAUGGAUAUGCGCCGAGGGUCAUUCCUGCUCUGGUGACAUACAUCCAGGAUCUACAGAAGCCGGAUGCUAAUCCAGUCCCCAUUCACAGAAUUGACAUUAAUCAGCCCAGAACUCUUGUUCCGAGCUGGCUAACGGCACCCCAGUGAUGUUACCAGAGAUGGGGUUAUACCUCUGGCAUAAAAGGGGUUAAACUCUGUAAGUGCAGCGUUUCAAGCAAAAUUCCCCCUUCCAACAAAGAAGUCAUGAUAAAAAUCUGCACAUACUGUUCAGAGCAACUACACCCAUAUGUUUAGCAUUUUGGUUAAAUAAAACUACUGCUAGGAUUUGCAAUUUGUACAUUGAAGUCCCUGAAAAUUAAAAUAGUUCAUAUAUUGCCUUUUUAUAAGCAGUUCCUUCUGUUGAGGCAAUGCGUGAGGCAAACUCUGAGCCUCUCUGUGUUUGAUACAUAUGAAAACCAUUAAAAUACAAAAAUAUUUCAUUUAUGAAUUCCCUUCUGAAAAUGAUUCUUUGUAAUUAGUUUAUAUAAUAUAUACCUCACGUUUAAUUGAUGCCAUUCAUCUCCAAACUAUUAGAGGAAUGGGGGUUAGGCUUAAAGAGAAUUCCAGGGCCAAAGUUAUAAAACCACUUAGGACAAUACUGCCCGUUAUAUAUGAAUGCCAGUUCUGUAGCAAAGCAAAAUCUGUCCAACAGGGUUUUAUCUUCUGAAGUGAGAAUUCAAGGUGAAUUUUAAGUGAAUUUAAAUUUAAGGCCAAAGUAGCUGAGCUGAAAUUAUUGCUGACAUAUUUUCCAGUUCAGCUAUUGUCCCCUUAAAUUGGAAAUCUCUGUGCAUUUAACUUGAAUGUUCACUUUGGUAAAUAGCCCUUUUUAAUUGGCACUGUUAAAGGGUUACUCCAUAGCCACUAGUGUUUAUAAUGUCAGUUGUAUUCUAACCAAGUUCUCAUGAAUAGGGAAAAAUGUUUAGCAACAGUUUGCACCACUUACCUGAUUUCAAUGCUCGCUGGAAAUCACGGGAUAGCUGACUGCUACCAGACUAUGACUGUCAUUCUGUGCAUCGAAAAUGGCACAGAACUGACACUAGUCUGGCUGAUGACACCGCCGGAGGUGCCCUACAGACUCCAGGCACCAUGACAGUUUCAAAAUACUGAAGUGUCAUGGUGCUUGGAGUAACCCUUUAGUUUUCCUGUGUAAUGCACCCUUAGCUUCGAUUUAAUCCAAUGUCCAAUCAGCAACAAGUGUAACGCAGUUCAUAACAUUAUCGAAGAAAUGGCGGUGCUUAGCCAUUGAGAUUUUAUGAGAUGCUCCUUCCAUGGAGUCUCACUCGUCUCUGCCAAUUUUUCAAUGGGGCUUCUGGGGGCUGUUAUUUCAGUACAUAUGCUGCACUGUGACCUUACAGUCAAUGUUUUUGCGUAGUAUCCUGUUCAUAUUAUUUCGAAGUUCAUGCUUGUAAUUUGGAAUUUUAGUAUUAAAGAAAAUCAUUUAGCAAUGAAUGCCACUACAUGAUCAAAGCAGUAUAGAUGGUUCCGGUGGUGGGGUGGCGUUCCAUAUCCUACUAGUUAACUUAAUGCAGAUAUUUGUUUUAACGCAAAAUAUGGACUAGUAUGGGAAUAAGCUCGCCGGGUUUGAGGUGAGAACUGAGUUUUUGAAUAACUGGGGAAAAUGGGCCUGGUGCUCAGAACUAGAAUGCUGUUUAUCCAACCCACCAGUGCCCUGCGAACAUCUGUAAUUAUUUGAUACUCUGAGCCGAUUCCUAGAAUAAUCGAUUUUGUCUCAAUAAGAAGGAAUGGAUCUGUCCAAUAUAACUGAACUGAGAUCCAGGUUCGCCCAGUACCAGAGCAUGCUCCAUCUCUGGUUUACAGAUAUUGAACUGGUGUAUAAAUACAGACCAUGAUUUGUAUCCUCAGACAUUAUGACCCCCGUAUAAAUAUUUCCUACAUGACUUUGUAAUUUUGAUGUCUGUUUGGACAAUUAAACAUGCCAUCUGUCUUGUGUGUCCUGAAUCCUGUUUUUUCUCUGUGUAAUGUGUGUGUUUCAAUCCAUGGCUCUCCUGAGAACUUGGGAAUAAAACAUUCAUUGAAGUUCUAUGAUGGUUUCACAUCUUCCUUGACAGACAGAGCUACCUGGCUCUUUGUUUACAAACCCUCCAUCCAGUUUAACCCAUUAAGGACACAUGAUGGAAAUAUUCCGUCACGAUUCCCUUUUAUUCCACACGUUGUGUCCUAAAGGGUUUAAUGAGGAAUUGGAAGUGAAACUGUCUUAGGUUUGUUCAUUGAUUUUACCAUUUGUCCUGUCCUACUUUUGAUCCUCCAGGCCCUUCGUAUCUUAUCUGCGUGUUAGUCUGUCAUUUCCAUGAAGAUUAAUUUCGUUUAUGCAGAGGUCAGUGCCAAACAGAGCGCAAAAAUGUAAUGCAAUUCUUACUGAUCAGGCGCUAUGCAGGAACAUGAUGUACCAGUAAUGGCUACUUGCUACCUACACCUCCAUUAGAGUAGGAUUUAAAUAAUUAGUAAUGCCUUAAUACGAAUGACUUUUUUAAUUAAGUCAAAUGCCAAGUUAAAGUACGGUUUGUACGCAUUUUAGUGCAUAUAAUUGGCACUGUAACAUACACCUAUAGAUCAAUUCUAGUAGUAAUGCUGCCAGUAGUCUAAUCGGUGCUGAUCCACCCUCAUGCUUUAUUUUUUUUUGUCAAAUUGUUUGGGAACUAUUUGAUUAAAAACCCAGAAAGGGGCAGGCGGAGCUACCCAUAAGUUAUGCUGCCAUGAUUAGCCAGAAAAACGAUUUGGACGGACAGCACCCAUAGCCUUUUGGCACCAUAACUACUUCACUUAGAAAUUAGACUGCCCCUGUAAGUCUUAGAUUUUAGAGUGAGCAGUUAAUCCGUAAAAUAAUUGGAGGAAUACAAUAUAACCGAGCCAAUCGCAAUCUAGCCUAAAUGGCUUGUUUUCAGCCUAUAGGAACCCAGACAAUUAAAAUGCAGCAAGUUAAAUUGUUGCUCCUUGUCUGCUAGUUGUUCUGGAAAAAUAAAAAUGAAAAAUAGGUCAUUUAACUUGUACAUAUCGUUUAACGUGUAAAUUAUUAAUCCCAGCAAGUUUAAAAAAAAAAAAAAUUUAAAAAAAAUUCACAAUUACAGUAUUACUGUCACUUAAAGGAUAAAUUUAAUCUCAAAAUGGAGGAGUGGCUGAGGCAACAAAGUAAAUAUCAAGUCCUCCAUUUCCCAUAAUUCUGUGCUAGUCACAAAGUGUUAUCUACUUGGAGCGAUGGGUGAGAUACCCCAGUUUAUAUCAUGGCUGGAGUAAUGUCCAUGUGCAGGAAGUGUCAGCAUAUAGCAAUCUAUGCCUUAGCUUAACAGACUAUGCUUGUUGCAUGUUAUUACCAUAUGCAAACAUCACUGUUACUGUAUAGCAAACAUUGACAUAUUUGUAUAGUAAUAGUCUAGGGCUCAUUUGUUUUAACAUGCAGUGCCAUUUCUAAAACAUGGAUAAGGAGAAAUGCUUACUGUAUGUUUGUUUAUUUUUUUUUCCUAAUAUCACGUGUGUGAACACACAGCAUUGUCUCGCACAGUCUUUGUGCUGUUCGAGAAAAUAGCCGCAUGUGAUCUAAUGCAUGGCAUUCAGUCCUGCCACACUGGAAUAACCAAGGUCUUUACUAUACCUCACGUAUUCUAAUGCAAAGGAGAAUGGAUUGCUUGCGUUAUGAUAUCAUUAUGUAACCUGACU